AUGACAAGCAAUAACAACCUCAGUAUGAGUACAUUACUGCCAUCCACAGUACCCUUGAGUGAUUCCACAGCAAAAACAAGCAAUGUCGAGAGUGGAUUGGUGUUUGUAGUUUUGUCUUGUCUUUGUGCUAGCCUGUGGUCAAUCUACAUCACAUUCUACCAUUCGCGUGUAAUGGGUUUCAUUCUUACCAAGCUGAUAAAUUUCAAGUACAUUAAAGAUGGACAAUACUUUAAAAUUGGUGAGUUUGUUAAUGGACAUCACUUCAUUUCUUCAAAUUUACCAACAUGAAUGCUAUUUUUAUGAGUGUUUUCUUAACUACAUUUUCUUUGUAUGCUGUUAGGAUACUGUAAUCAAGUCUGACAAUUUCACUGUACCUUGCUAAACAAAUUUUCACCUUUGGGGUUUGGUAAAAGACAAUGAUGGGUGUAAAGGCCAGAAAUAAUCACUCAGGGGUUUAAAUGGGUACCAACAAACUGGUAGGGUAGCCUAUUGAAACUCUUGGGUCACCUAUUAUGGAUAGGCUUCUCCUGCAGGAGGGAGUGGUAAUACUCCUACAGUGAAUGGCAAAAGUAGUUGACUCUUCUUCCCUUAGUGGGUGGUUGACAACCCUUUACUUGACAUAAUAAACAGACUUUUGUAAUUUAACUCCAAUAAGCUACUUGAAUGUCCUCCCUUUCUCCCCAAACAAUGUUGCAAUAACUUAGUGACUAUUUUGCUGACACCAGGAGGACAUAAAUGAAAGUUGUAGAAAAAAUUCAAAAGUUAGUAGGGCCUAUCAAGACUCUGCUGUGCAUUGUAGUUUUCCAUGCUAUGGAAAUGAAAGAUGAGGCCUGGAUGGGUGGUUUGGUUUAAGUACAGAAUCAAAAACCUUUUAACAUUUUACUACCCAUGUUUUGACUGGUUAGAGUUGUACUCUGAAAGUAAAAGUGUCUCGCUGAGAAUGUACCAUGUUAACCUUAGCCAAACCAUAAACCUAGGCCUUUCAGUUCACAGGUUGGCAGGUUCAUCUCCAAAAGGGCUCUGUUUGCUGAAACAUUUUUGUCACAUCUGUUGUGAAAUGUUUAAGAUUUUCUUUUGUUUGUUUUGUAUCACCAGGCUCAUUUUCCUUUUCAAUAUUGUCUGGGAAGAUCAUGUUCAGAGAUGUUGUGUAUGUAACUAAAGAUCUCAGUUUUAGGUUGGUAAAACACUUGUUUUUUUAGGAAGUAUAGCCAUGUUUUUGUUAAAUGCUUGAUAGUAAAAAGUGCUUUAAAAUUCCAUAUUGGAUGGUUUGAACUCUUUUGAGCAGCUUUUUGUGUAGUUUGAUAAUUGGUGUGCAAUUCCUCAUGAGGAAGACUGCUGUUUUUGAAAGAGACCAUUAUGUUUAGACAACCUGCAAAGUCAUCAUCAGACCAGGAGCAGAUCCUUGAAUGCUUGAUAGGAGGGGUCCAAUCUUUGAAUAAAAACACUGUAGAGAUUUGAUAAACUACUGUAAGAAAUAUUAUAGGAUUAGUAAAUUUCAGAUAAUUUUAUUCAGGGCCACUAGUAGUUUAAAAAGUCUAUUUUCUAAUCAUAGUGGUGAUUUUGAUCAUAGGGUUAUUGAUGGCAUAGCAAUCUUUAAGUAUUGGAUUACAUACAAACCAGAGUUGUCAAAGAAGCCGCCUUACCAGCAUGAACCAUCAGAGAUAGGUGAGUAAAUAUAAAAGACGUAACACAUCACAGGCAUUUAUAUGAUUGUGCAUUAUUUUAUUAUUGAGGGGCUCAGAGAAACAUACUUAUAUGGCUGGUUUUCUUAGGUUUGUUCCUUCCAACUAACUAAGAAAAAUCAUUCUUAAAUUUUACACUCUUGCACAACUUUUUCUAAAGAAACCCUUUUUUUUUGUUGUCCAAUUAAUGGACCCUGCAGUUGUGGUAAAUUGCUUUUUCAAUCAGUAAUAUGAAUCAUAUUUACCUUAUAAAAAUAAUUGUCUUGCCAACAGAAGUUGCCACCAAGCAACGUCUCACAGUGUGGUUAAAUGGUCUGGAGUAUCAUGUUUAUAACAGGUGAGUCUCUGUGCGAGAUUGAUUUGCAAAAGUGUUUGGGGCUUAUCCUGAUUUCUGUGGCAAGAACCGACAAGGGGAAGUGCUAAUGCUCCUAGAUAUAAUACAAGUUCAUUGCAACUUAGAGGGUUUCCUGAUAAAGUAAUUUUCUGAUCAAUGUCAAAAGGAAUUUGGAAUUACUUUGGUUUUGCUUUCCUUUGCUAGGUGAUUGGUCUAGAACACUUGCACCACAAGACCAGGGGCUUAUUUCUCAAAAGUCUCAGUAACAUUACAGGCCCAAAAGCAUAUAUGUGCUUUAAGAUCAGAAUUUAAAGAAUAGAGAACCAGGUUCUGGCAUCCUGACCAGUCCAUUUUUUCUUGCAGCUACUAGUUUUAUAGUAUACUAUUCAAGACUUUUGAAACACCCACCUUGAAUGAAAACAGUGCAGCUUUACUGGCCCAUUAUGUUACUGGGACCUUUGAGAAAUGAGCCUCUGGCCAAUUCUAGACUUGCCAGUUCAGUGUAUAUUUUGAUAUGGGAUGACAUGGACAUAUCCAAGGUGAAUUUCAGUGGUAGAUUUACAAAUUGUUCCAAACACUGGCUCAAAAGCAUAAUUCACUGAACAAAUAUUCUCACAAGUAAAUCAUUUUGGCAUUGUAGGUCUCGUUUGUAUAGCAGACUGGAAGAACUCUUUAGAGUUGAAAGAUAUGGAGGUAAGGACUACAGUAUACAUUCUUCAGUGAAGACUUUUACCUGUUUGUACUUAGAUACACAAAUAAUAAACAUUUACUUUUAACCAUCUAAGUUGUUGUUGUCCAUCCACUUCAAUGUCAUUGUCCUUAUUUGUGUCAUUGUCAAUAUCGUUAUAAUUUUUGCCAUCAGCAAUUAAGUGUGUAAUUGUCUUUAUUGCUAGGGUGAUCUUAGUCAUUGCAGAUGCCAGCAUUAUCAUCUGUAUCAUUGACAUGUAAUUUCAACAUGCUAAAUGUUUGGUUGCAACUGUCAACUUUUAAGGUUUUUAGUUACCUUUUCCUUCAGCAUGCAGGGUAGGCAUAGUCAAAUUGCUUUUUUCAUCCAUUUGUAGAUGCAGCUAAAUCAGCCCUGAACAUUUCUGUAAGCCCUACUGUUGAACCAAAGGUGGAUGUAGAAAAGGGGUAAGUCUUUGGACCAGAGAACGACUUAGAGUUUGUUUUGAUUUAAAACAGCAGUAAAUAUUCUGAUAAUUCUUCUUUCUACCAUGAGAAGACUCUCUUUAUAACGAGCCUCCCCCCUUCUCUAAAUAGCUUCCCUUUGCUCUAAACAAAAACUCUGAACUGGUAGAUAUUUUAAUUUUUUUUUGUCAGCUAAGGUACAGAAUAUGCUUUUAUUUGAAAGCCUUCGUUAAUUUUAGUUUGAAUUUUUUGUGUUUUUCAACUAAAGAAAUGCAUAGACCUUAUGGUAUUGUGAUGGCAUCUAAUUGUGAUUAAAAAAUACCUGUAAUUUCAAAUUUUUGAAAGCUUAGUUGUCUUGACUGAGUUUGGUUGGGCUGGAUGAAGGGGUGAUUGGCUUAAAUUCCUGAUAUCAAGGCGUCAAGAUCUUUAGGGAAAUAUUUUGCUAUCUGAUCUCCCCACCGCUUAGUCAAUAAGUGCAUGAUAAUAAGCCCCCUCCCUCUCUAUAUUAUUACCCCCUCUUCAUCAAGGCCCCAGUCCAAUAUGCCCCCUACCUGGAUGCCCUGAAAACUGAUAAGUUCCCCUGCGGCCAACAAUAUCUGAACCUUUGUAGUUUACAUGUAGUGAAACUCAGCCAAACACUGACAGUAAGUCUUUCUUUUUAUGUGAAGAGAAAUGCAAUCAGUCAUCUAGCAAUGUCUUAGGAAUGUACUCAUUUUUCUCUAAACAUCCCUGUAUCAACAUUUUCAGACAAGAAGAUGUUAAUGGUGGAUUGCCCACAUGGCUUCUGGAGCUUGUUCCGGCUGUUAAGUUUGAUGUCAAUAAUGUAAGUGUCAGUGCUCAUGUGUUGCAUACAAAAAAGGAAGUGUGUUCAUCUGUUUGUAACAAACUAAAUAUGUACAAAAAUUAACAAAAUAAGCCAGGAACUACAAGACAGGCAAAAGAGCUAGAUGGUGUAGGCUUUUUGGAUCCAAAGUUACUUUUUUCGUUUUUCGAAUUUUGGUAACUCGGAUUGGAGAUCAGGAGAUUUAUCCGGCCUGUAUCUUGGGGAGGCUUCUGGAUAAGCUAAAGUAGAAGAGUUUGGAUGAGCAGUUUGAAUUUAACCUGUAUGCAUUUAUGAUAAGCACUAUUUAAAACUGAAUGUUUCUACUGUAGGGAAGGGUUGCCUUUGGAAAUAGGUUGCUAGAGACCACUUUGUGUUUCAAGUUUGAGAGUGCUACAGGAAUCUACACAACAUCCCAGGUUUGCAACAAGUUAAUGCAUUUAAAGAUCUUGAUAGUGUAUUUUCACGCAUGCAGAUUUUACCCAUUUAGAUUAAAAAAGUUGUUAAUCUUGAACUAGUAGUCGGCAAGGUUUAGAAGGGGGUUUUGACAUCGAAUGUAAUUUUAAUUUCGAUUCUUCUCUUUUGUUUUAUUUCUCGUAGGCUCACUCGUCUCUAGAUGAGUUUAUGCAUAUUGUUAAGUGUCAAGGGAAAAACGUCCGAGUGAUGCUUUCGCCAAGCCCAUCUUACAGUGGACCGAUAGAUGAGUAGGUUUUUUCUCUGUCUCCUUCUUUCAAUAGAACUAAAAAUUGCCCACAAGAUGCGCGAGGAUAUAAAAUAAUUUGAUCAACACGGGGAUACGUGUAUUGUGUUCAUAUAAACUCUUUUGUUCAUUUUUUUGUUCAUGUUUUGGAAGGUUGCACUCUGCGAGCUCCGCCAUUGUUUCUCAAAAAAUACACACAAAUCUAAAACGUCACAACCGUGGUUAUGCCACUUACUUCGCUCUCUAAUCGACCAAUGAGGUUACGUGCAGUAUCUUGUGUAUUUCAUAAUUUACCGUCGAAGCAUUGUUAUAAUGUGAUUAUUUUUUCAUUACAGACCCCCUCGAUAUAUGGGAGAAGGUUUUGUUGUCCUUCAAACUGCUGACUGUAAAAUCACUUACUAUCAAGAUGAACCAGGUUUUUUAACUUUUUUAUCUCUCCAUUUUACACAAUUUAGGUUAUCAUCAAUACUUCUCAAAAAGUAGCCACCUCUCCCUCAUGUUUCUUUUCUUGUUAUGAACUUAGAAAACUCGAUCGACUUUAAACACCGUAAAUUUUGGUUUUUCUUGUACAGUAUUGUGCAAAAGAGAUACAAUCGUCUGUCGACGAAAUUGGACGAAAUUCCUGGCUUUUCGGCCAAUUUUGGUCCGAAACAAAAUUUGCGCGACAUUUCGGCGAAUUUUCGAGCCAGCUAUUGUUUGGAUUCAUCCGAAAUUUCGCGGAUUGAUUCACUGAGGACUUUCGUGGGUCUCGAAAUUCCGAGAGAAAGUUCGCUCCUCCCGUAGAUCCGCGGGAAACUUUUCAGAGAAACUUCCGCUUCACUUUACACGCAAAACUCGUGGUUGUUAAGGCUACCUACUUCACAACGAAACACAUGGAAUUUCCGCUGUGAUCUAGUCUUCAUGCCAACUGCAACCGUAGCAACCUUAUUAUUUCCAUCGUCUCGAUGCGUUUCUCAAUCUGAUCAAUUUUCCUCAAUAUUCAUAUGUACUCAUGCUAACAAUUUCAAAGUAAACAACGACUUGCACUGAGGGCCCUCUUAAUCAAGGCCUCCAUCAAGCUAAGAUUUUAUGACAACCAUCGCCGUUGAGAUUUUGUUUGUAAAAAUUAUAAUCUUUCUGGACGUUGUAUUUAAUACGCUUUUAGCACCUUUGUGGAAGCGGCUACCUGGUGGUUAGCACGUUUGACCCUAACCUCUUGGUGUCUAAAAGCUAACCUCGACGCCUUUGCAAACUGCUGUUAAAAAAGCUAUUUUACAUCAUAGGUUAUGUUCCCGAGGUCAAAGCCGAAAAUGAGGAAGAAUUACCAGACAGCGAUCCUCACUGGGGAAUCGAUGUUGUCUUUCUCAAGAACACCACCUUGUGCUAUGGCCCUUGGGUUGAUAGACAACGGUAGGAAAUUGGAUUUCUUGAAAGGCCGCGUGAGUUUUUAUAUGUGGAGAACGUCUGCAUCCCUCGGCUGUGGCCAGGGUUUGAUUCUAAACCAGUCCGAACCUUACAACGCUUGUGAUCGGUUUGUAAUUAGUUCUUGAUGGUGAUCCUAAGGGGUCUUCUCUAGCCUCAACAGCCUCGUCUCUUCAGAAAAUCAAAAUAUUCCAGAGUUACUUGGUAAUAGAGAACGUGCUAUUGCUAAAUUUGGCUACUUUUGAUUUAUUAAUAUUUUUUGCUUUACAGAGAUGCAUUGCAGAAGUUCUUCUACCCUUUUGACUAUCAGGAAAUUCAAGUCACGAAACCGCUAGUCCCUGGCCAGAGGCGAGUCCACACCGGACUGGAUGUUAAAUUUGACUUUGAGUGUGACUCUACACUUGAUAUUUUAUUUUCCAAGAAUAGGGUGAGUUUACACUGACUUUGGGUGUUGUUUAUUGUUGGGGUAGGUUAAAUGAACCCUACUUACACGUCCCAACUGCCCGUUUCAUGCGUACAUCUGAUGUCGCAAUUUUUUCUUGUCGGUUGUUUUGUUAUAACUCUGUUAUCAUUGUUUAUUAUAUAUCUAUGAUUGGUCAAUUUAGCAGGCCGUUUUUCAUUGUACGGCGCGCUAAAUUUAAAAGUUUGUUUGAAUUGGACCCCUUCCCCUCUGUUGGACUCGAGAUAUAAUGAAUAUCUUACUAACCUCGUUUUUUCGCUUGUAUUGUAAGCCCCGCGUGUAAGCCCCGCGUGUUUUGCUCAUAAAUCCGAGUGGAAAAAAGAAGCUGGUCCGUAACUUACCAUACGAACCUCGAACUCGGUUAGUAAGAGGUGUGUGCUUCUUUUGAACAGGUCACUAAGGCUCUUCACCUGUGCGUGGGGUCUGGGUCACAUGUUCGAGUAUACCAGCCGUGGACUGUGAACGAGUAUGGUUAUACUACUUCAGUCGUGGCCAAGUUAUUCCAAGUCGAAGCUACGACCAGUCUGGCCUAUAGGAAGCUCAUUGAUGCAGACAUGAUGGAUGUAAGAGAAAUGCACUUGUAACUGUUUGCUUUCCAUUUAAGCCACAGCAAUUCUAUUCGUUCAUCGAAUUAAGUACAAUAUAUUUCCCUUUCAGCUGGCUUUCCACAUGUCUUUCCCCCGCAUUUGGAAUCAAACACAGCACUGGUCAUGUGAUAUCACCCUUCAGAAAGUCACGUGGAGUUUCAUCUUUGCGCACAAGUUCUUCUUCCAAGGUGGGGCAACAAACUUUAAUUCGAGCCCUCUUUAUGAGGAUUACAACAAUAUAUUUAUUUUGUUAUGGAGACGCGGUGGCCAGUGGUUAGUACGCUGGACACUGGGUCGAGAGGCCCGGGCUCGAGACCUUAUUGGGUCAUUUUGUUGUGUUCUUGUGCAAAACACUUAAAUCCCCCAGUGCCUCUCUCCAUCCAGGAGUAUAAAUGGGUACCAGUGAAUUUUUAGGGAAGCCAGAUGAAAUGCAAGGGGGUAACUUGCGAUGGACUAGUGUCCAAUGCCAUUCGCUUCAUGCAAUGUAAACCGGGAUAAGCACUAGCUGGGUGGGCCACUUGGCUUGGGUAAAGACAUAUUAUUGUUGUUGUUGUUGUUUUUUUUUUCAAUGAAGCUCGGCUUCCUUCCCCACCCGUUUCUUUUUUGCACUUUAAACCCAAGUUUCGCUUGGUCGUUUUUACUAUCAAUGGUCUUGGUUUUACAACACAAUCAAGAUUCGUCAUCUGUUGUUUCCGCAGAGAUGAUCGAAGACUGGACAAUGAACUACAAACCGGAUCUACUGACCUUUGUGCCUUAUGAGUGGUCAUUUAACAUCAUACUGCGAGACUUUGAGAUGGUUUGGUUGGGAAAUCAGCACAAUUGGAUUGAAUGCACGUCAAAUAAACAAGAAAAUGGUGCGUCAAAUAUCUUUAUUUCGUCACCGAUGUUUUGUUUGGAACUAUCCGCUUUCAUCUCCCUUGAAAUUACACUAAAGCUUGUUUCUUACUUGGGAAUUCUGUUUUAAGAGAUUUUACAAACAGCAAACGUUUCUUGCGCUGUGAGAGCUCAAUGGUAUUUUUUUCUUUUUCGUACAGGCAUUUUACUUUAUAAAGCGCAAUGAAAGUACAUGAGCAAUUUGUAGUUUUGUUUCAUGGGCGUUGUUCCCUUAAAGGAAAUUUUGAGAAUAUCUGUUCAUCAUUUUUGCAAAAAGCGACUCUUUUCAGAUCAUUCAAUGGUGUUGUGAGUUAUUUUGUUUUGUUUUUAGCUGAGCUGGCUUUCUGUGGUGAGGUGUUCGACUUAACAUUUGUCCUCCAGUACUUCCGCUUUAUACCGGAAAUAGAAGAGAUCAAGUUCUUCCUACAGGUAGGUUAAAAAAUUUAUUAAUUUUAUCAUUUUCAAUGCGGUUAUGUAUUUACUGCGCUUGCCCUUGCAUCGUGUAGCCGUUCCUAUUUACUCUGUCGGCAACAUGUCCUCUCUUAGGGAUCUAUUUGGAUUCUACCUCAAGAAAUCUCGUUCAAGUAAUUUUUAUUGUUAUUGACGUCUUUUCACCCCCCUUUUUUUGGAGGUGGAUUUUACUGAGGUGACGAACGCUUGACACCUCUUGACACAUCUUGACUUAAUUUCUUUAAUCAGCUAUCAAGUCAGUUCUCACCUUCAAGUACGCUCUCAAACAGAUUUCACGACUGUUUGCUUGCCAACAAGUUAUUUGUAGCAAAAUGGGUCGGGCAUUAAACUAUGCUAUCGGAAAGUCAGAGCCGGUGCGAUUCUUUACGGGGAACUCGAAUUUUAAAUUUUGGCUGCGCGUUCGUGAUACUAACUGGCAUCUUUCUUUAUUGGUGACAUUCAAAUCUGAGUUACUUCUUGCCUUCAAUUUUUUGGUAUGUUUUGGUCUUUCAGGCCGAGAAGCUGGUCGCCAGAAUGUUUGUCCCGGAGUCAAACACUCUCAGACGCAGCCUGUUAUCGCUGGCUCGUACCUCGGAGAAGAAACGGGAACAGGGUCUUAGAUCGCGCUCAUCAACUACCACGGGUAACAUAGACGAGGCGGUUGAGAGUGCCGAUGAACAGCCUAUCACAAACACAACUGAGGAGACCAUCAGUGGAGGAUGGAGGCGGCACACCGACGAAAGUCUUGGUUAGAUUAGUUAGAUCAUUCAUUGCUUAGCCUGCGUGCAGGUCCUUAUUAUCAAUUAUUAACGCUACUGGAAGUACGUUUCUCCGCCCGCGGGAAGAUUAGAGACGACUCAGGGAGAGGUUUGUCAGGGGUCUGGCACUAUCAAUGUAGACCUCUGGCCAGCUCGUGUUGCUCAAAGACUCGUAAUUUCCCGCCGGCGAAGAAACGCACAUUGUUGAAGCGCUAAUAACGAAGGCGUGCUCGCAAGCUAUUCGUUACUCUUUGCUGCAAAGCGUUUUUCAUUUGACUGUUGAUGAGACAGUUUCAGUUGAGUGUCCAAAGUUGAUUGGAAUUGUACCGUCUUUGCCUUACUACUGAAUCUUUGGAUAAAGUAAACGAAUGGUUCCAUUUGAUAGUUUUCUUUUUCCGAUUGACUAUGGCGAUUACGUCACGUAAUGGAAGAAUGAUUUAAAAGCGAGAGCAAUGGAAGUGAUAUCUACUACGGAGACUUAGCUAGUGGAAGCCAAUGCCAUGAAGGUUCCUUUUUUUUUGAUAUUCUCCUUUGUUACAGGGUGGGUGGAUGUGAUGUCCGUUCCCAUUCUGGGGCUGUCCUUGGGGUACAUGUAUCAUCCUAUGUAUCCGAGCCCCAAGUUUGAGGUACCUCGCGGGGUGGAACUUCCUUGUGACCCCACACAGUGGGAACCUGACGUCAUCAGCCUGGAACUGGAAGCUGGACCAGCCGCACUCAAGGUGUUUGGCUCAUUGUUGGCUAUGCUCGCAGCCAUUAAGGUAAGAUGGUACACUUUUUUGCUCGAAACAUGAGGUUUGCGACCCGCUAAGUGGCAAGGCGGAGCCAGGAAAGGCAGGGAAAGGUCCAAGAGACAACUUUCUUCAACGGAUAUGUGGAAUGGUUGCGCAGAUAUUUUUUACUUUCGACAGCGCUUCUUCCAAAAAUAUUUCGAGUCGUAUUCGUGCGUAUGAUCGCAGCGGCUCGCGGGGAAAAAGAAGGAGUUUACACGCAGAGCGCUUUAUCUCAGAGAUCUGUCGUUGUGGCUUGUCUCUGAGUUUGUUCCAACCAUACAGAUAUAAGCAAUGCAGCAGUUUCCGUAUCCUGAAACUGCUUUUGCCUCACCCUUCGCUCCCUGGAUCAGGAAGGAGCGCUAGUCCAUAUUAUUUCGUCUGUUUCUCCUGUGAUGUGGGGUUACUCUAACAGAAAACUCUAGCAAACGCUAUUCCUAUCCUGUAAUAAUCACAAUGUCUUUAUCAUAUCAGUCAUCUCACUGUUUUUUUUCCUUUUUCUUAACACAGGAGAACUACUUUGGCAUUAACCAAGAGUUUAAAGAGCUCGGCAUCAAGUACAAUCGAGAAGAAUUAGUGAGCGACACUACACUGGGCUCAGGCAGCAAGGACACAAUUAACUUACUAACCUUGAGGCCGAUGGAAGCUAACAUCAUCCUGACACUUUCUGAUGUCAAGGCGGAAUUAACUAAGGUUAGGCCUGUAGUGACAAGGUACAAAGUACAUUUGUGGAACUUUAUUUGAACGAAUCGAACAAUUGAAAAUUCUUUUUCUCUUUUGAAGCCCUUUUUGGUCGAGAAACAUCCUUAAGACAUUUUUUUCCGAAAAAUGAAGCGCCUUUUUGUAACAAGAAGUCUUGGUUUAGAACUUUGUCAAGAUGCAUUCGCCAGCUUGUGUGGCAAAAACCAGCUUGUGUGGCCAAGACAUUAGUAAUAGUAAAGGGAAUAGUUUUUCUCGGCAGAGAAAUUUUUUGCCUACGUAAAUGCGGCUUUAUUUAAUGCAUUUACUAUGUGUUAAUUUGCAGCAUUGUGGUCCCGGCGAGCCAUCAAGUCCGCUUUUGCUGAUGGAGAGACUGUCGUUUGAGAUGCACAAGACGUACACAGAGACUCGGUUACAGUUGCAUCUGAGUCCUGCCACAAUCGUUCUUGUUGACGGCAAUGAAGUAAGACAGCCAAGUUUAGCUAUGCUAUCAGUACUUCAGUUUAUUUGGUAUUGUCAAGUUGGUAUUGUUACUUCUGAUUGGUUAAGAAUGCAGCGCGAGUCUUCCGGACCAAUCACAACGAAGUAAGGCGAAACCCAAGCAGUCCUGGUUUAAUUUUGACACAAGGUUGAUAAUUGCUCUCUACUCGACCAUCAGAAGGCUACUUUGGGCAUAUACUGCAAAACAUCGUGGUUUCUGGAUCAUUUCCUUUAGAAAAGUUUAUAUUUCAGUUAAAAAUCAUUGAGUAUUUUCUUGUUCUGAUUUAACAGCGCGGUAGUGUGAACCACAAUCUGUCUCAGGGUCAUCUGAGUUUGUCUGGACUCCAACUCCGUGGUCACGCUAUGUUCUCUAAUCUGGAUAGACCACCUGACUGUGAGACUUUGGAGUACGCAUGGCUUGUAGAGAUACAGCUGGGCAUACUGUCUGGAAGGCUCACCAUGCCACAGGUAUCAUAAUAUCAUAAGAAUCGUCUUCAAAACCGAUUCUUUCUUGAGUGGAUUUUUUCAAAAAUCAUUUUGCCAUUAUUUGAAUUGCGCUUGAAGCCGGGUGUUUCCUUCGAUAACAAAUGCUUUUUUAUUGAUUUAAGAAUUUUUUUUUUUAAAGCUCCAAGCCAUGGCGAACUGGGUACAAACGUUUGCCUUUCACGUCAUCAACAAAGAGAACGACCUGGGACCUAGUACCCCGUAUGUCCAAUGCAUUCACGGUAAACAACAAAAUGUUUGCGAGAGAAGGCACAAGAAGCGAAAGGUGCCUAGAGACGUGGACCAUAGUGUAGAGACCAACGAGGGGUCCUUGCCAAAAGGAACCUUCAAAAGAUCAAAGAGCUCCCCUCAGCUGUGUAUCCCUGAAAGUGACGUGAAGUAUCAAAUGACAAGGGUCUCUGUGGGGAACAUUAAUUUGUUCCUUGUUGAGACUGGGUCUGCGUGUAAUCUGGAGGUAUGGCGAUUCUCGAUUUUACCUUAAGUAAAAAUUUGUUGCCUUAUCACAGUGUAGCUUAUGUGUGCAAGACUUGAUUACGAUCAUUCGACAAUAUACUGCUUCCAAAGAUGAAAACAAUCCGGGCUGACACUAUUUUCAUUUACUCUUGAAAAUCGAUACGUGACAAGCCCGAUACCUCUCUUUACAAAAGAGUGUUUUCGACUGAGAGUCUGUGAUGCAAAAACCAAAAUAAUCACAACAGCCAAUCAGAACAACGGAAAAUAAAACGAGGAACAAACGAGAACUCAAAGAAAUUAACCAGUGAACCGCCUAAGACGCAGGAAAACGCGAGUGUCCAAGUUGCGAUAAGUUUGUUUUGAUUCUUAUUGGUGGGGAAAUUGGUGCGAGUCUUUUGGAACAAUAAGAAGCGAAGUAAAGCAAAAUCAGAGAAAUCCCGAAUUACGUUGGACCCUCAAUUGAAAAGUAGUCUUAUCAGUUCGUUUUUCAGCAAACUGAUUUUGAGAGCAAACAAACUUACACUCGCAACCAAUUUACAAGUGCGCAACAGCUGGGAAGGAAAUAGGGAUUGAGAAUUGAUUUUUGGGAGUCCUUGACAAGACAGAAAGUUUACUGUCUUUGAGAAUUUGUUUUGAGUUGCCGCCAAUUCUUGAAAUGAAGAUUGCUUAGAUCGUCGAUAUUCCAGAAGGGAAAGUUGACAUUACAAUCUUAAGGAUGAAAGGGCUUUUAUCUCAUAGAUCAUCAGCUUUUUGUAUUCAAAAGAUUGGUAACUAGGUAGUUACAGUUUCUUUUUGUCCUCUUGCAGGUUUUUCCUGUCAGACUCGCCACAUGCAGUCUUCAUAGUUCAGAGUCCAGCUCGGGUGUAAGUUUGUUCGUUCAAACGGUUAAACUCCGCCAGUUUGUUUGUACUCCGUGGCCAGAGAGGACGCAAGAAAUUCUCGGCGACGUGCGGCGGCCAUUGUCCUUGGUAGAAAAUUCAUCCUGGCUUCAGGCGGCUGCUGCACAACUUGGACCAAUCGUUUCUGAUAUAUCGAGCGCAACGUCUCACCCGGAACUAUACCAGGAGCAAAAGGAUUUCCUGGAGAUGCAUGAUGCAAGGUUCCAGCGGCUGUGGUUUUUGUGGCAACCUCAGGAGCAGUUGCCUGGUAGAAGACGGGGUUGUUGUGGUUGUACCGGCGGUUGCAACUUUUUUGGCAAAAAUUUCAAUGGUCCACGAUUCUUCACGGCUGAUAAAUUAGACGCCAGCGAAAACGACAUCGGAAUUGGCGGAUUUGGCAGUGAGACAGGUUUCUAUGACGACGGCGACAUCGUGGACAGUGGUGCCAGGCCUCUUAUGUAUUCUCGGAGUGCCGACCUAGAUGCCCUGGACUCUAAUUAUUUUGAUCGGUCGCCCGUUGGCUCGAUAGAAGCAUUUACGCGCCGGCGAUACCAUAUUUCUGGGUCAGAGGGAAGCUCUCCAAAAGCAAGAAGGGUUAUCCACGCGCCCUCAAAUGAGGAAGCCUACGAGGAACUCGGGAUAGGUUAGUGAAAAGUGUUUUUGCGUAAAAAUAUGUUUUCCUUGAAGUCAGUGAUGCGCUUAUCAAUAUUUAAAGCCAACAAUUUCGUUUUUAUAAGUAGAUUCUUCCAAAGCUAUGAACAGUAUAAACGAAUUUCGGCCGGAAAUUGGUUUGCCCCAGGGCGUUUCUCGAAAGUUUCUGCAACUCCACGGGCCAAGCGAUACUCUAAGAUCCUAAAAAUAAAGAAUAUUCCGCGGAUGUAUAAUAAUAUAAAUUUUAUCGUAUAUUAUUAUCACAAAUUUUUUUUGUUUCUUUAAAAUAGAUGACGAUGUUAGCCCCAUGCCCUCUCGUCUUAGCUGGUGUGAAUCGAUUCAGCGCGAGGAGUCCAAUAUUUCCAACAUGCAUGAAAAAAUGCGCCGCAUCAGGAGCACGAGUCUCCAAGGGUCAAAGCAGAGCUUGGGGCAGAGUAGGAACCAAUCUACCUCCAAAUCACCCCAUGGCGCAUUGCAGAGGACUGAGUCUCACUUCUCUCGUGGAAGCGAGGCUUCGUUUUAUUCCUGUGGUAGCCUGUUGGAUGAAAUUGAUAUGAGGUAAGGAAAGUUGAUAUCUUCAUAUCAUUGUUUGUUUCUAAUUCAUGUAAAGCAUAUAUUUUUGACACUAGAGAAUUUCUCAUGCUGAAAGAUAAUUUACGUAUAAGGAAAAGGGCUCGUUUGUGUGGGAAGUUGAAAUUGUUUUUGAGCGAGCUGAGUUUACGUGCAGAUCAUUAUGCAGUCUGUGUUUCUGCAAUUUGUUUUAAGGCAGUCUUGGAGGCGAAUUUACAUCUAUCAAAUCUGUCAAAAUAUUUCACCUAUAAAAAUUUUUUCAAUGUAGAUAAUCUUGAAAAUAGUUGUGUUCAAAAAGGAAAUUGUGAAAUUUGAUAAUUCAGUAAGUGUGGUCAAGAGCCAAUGUUAUUCCAACGCAAAUCAAAUAGAAUUGGUUCUAUGACAAGAAGCUUGGGCCAGCUGAUUUGAUACGAAAAGAGCGAAAAAAGGAAACAAAUAUCUGUCUAACAACAUAAUUUUCCAACCUUCGAAAAAUAACCAACCAUACUACGACUGUGAUUCGAGUAGGUCAUAAAAUUGUUUUUAUUUUGUUUCGUUUUGUUUUUCUUCCUGUCAGGCCUGCUAGUUCAAGGGUAAAUUCUCUCGAGUCGUUUGUAUCUGCUGUAGAGGAACCAGAUGACCUCAUGAAGUUCGACGACGAGAUGCUUUCUCCGUCUCAUUUUGUUAUCACAUCUCCAAGUCUGGUUUACAAAUACUCACAGCAUCUGGGACAAUUGGAAUGUUUGAACUGGAAUUCACCUCUUAUGAUUCCAGCUGAGCAGCGACUGUUUAGCAUCACAAACAACUUAAAGGUGUGGUUGAUGGGUUUGAACUUUUUUCAAUUAAAUAUCAGUCUCUUCAAUGUAAAGCAGUAAAAAGUGACUCCUACAACAUCCGUCAACAAAUCAAAUGGAGGUGCAAAACUCUUAAAAACGGAGUCUUUGCAUUUUCUCUCCGAUCGAGGUUCGCAGUCAGCUAUGAAAGCAGUUGAUCUUGGGCGGUGGUGAAUUGAAAUUAUUCCUCAUAGUUUGGUACCAUUGGCCCAUAUAGGUGAAGGUCCUCGUUUCCGUUUCGUUCGUUAAGCGGUUUUCGAUUCCAUUUGGAAAGAAAUCCGAGACUUGUUUGGUUUGGCUCUACGUAGGCCCUGUGCAAUAAAAAAAAUCACAAAACAAAAAACAAAGCAAAAAGAAAAAGAAAAAAAAAAUCGAACUUUUUUCUCGACCGCUUAGAUACAAACCCAACACUAAUUACAUGCUGGUCCCUCAUCUUUUCUUUCACUUUAGUCAGUCCGCUCCUUUCAUUGGAGUUCAAUAGUUCUUGGCUCCCAGCGAUAUUCUCUUUUAAUUGGGUUGGCUGUGGUUGGUUCACUUGUAAGACGCACUUUCGAAAAGCAGGCUGCUCCAGUAUCAGUUCCGUCGUAACUUUUACCGGAUUUUCAGUAACUUUUUCCACGAGCGUCUUCUGAUAGUGUACCAGAUGGCCGUGCCGUAAGGUGAACACUAAACUCGCGUGCUUGCUCGCAGGCUAAACAGAAGGUCGUGACUAGAGGUCUUUCAGGCGGCGGUAGACCGCCUAUAAACCUGCUUUUGAUGCUUUUUCAUCGAAUAACAUGUUACACCUGCACUAUUCUGGAGGAAAUUAUGUUUAAGUUAAGUUGCGGCCGUGUGCUUUGUAUAGAAUAGUGACAUUACUACUUUUCUUUAACUAGUUCCUUCAGCUGCAGAUAUACAGCGAUGCUUUCACAAACAGCAUUUUUGAAUCAGCUUCUUUUUUCUCUGAAUAUUAAUUGCAACUCAUGGGAACUAGGCCUCAACAUGUCAACACAGAUCAUUCAUUCAAUUUGAAUAUUCCUCUUUUUCCCUCAUUGAUUUACAGUUUUGUAUCCAAAAUUUGCUCUUCAAAGCACACCCGUUGAUUUCCACAGUCGUUUUGUUUGUUUUUCCGUUUUUCUGUUACUUGCUUCAAAACAACAGGCGUAAUUUUCCCCUUGUUUAAAUCUGCUUUGCCCUUGGUCAAUUUUUGUCUUGUAAAACACAGACCUAGCGCUUCUCUAAAUUCGGGAAUUCUAACUGCAUAGACAAGAGGAUUCAAAAAACAGUUAGAAUAAUUUACAAAGUUUGCUAUGCAAUCAGUUCUCAUUGGUACUGCAACCUGAUACACGAUGUUUACAAAGGUUGUCGUACUUAAAGGGAAACAGCAAACCAUAGCGAUAAUCGAUGCAUACAGCAAGGUCUUUGUCAAGCGUUGGUUUUGAAGUGUUCUAUUCGUCUGUCUAGAGGCCACACUUUUGUUUAGGAGCUUCCUCCUAACUCCGAUGUUACAGGCGCAUACUAUGAACUUCAAAACCAGUGCGUAGAUGUUCCAAACAAUGAUGGCAUAUUUUGCUGAAAAGAAGGUUCGUGUUACGACGAAACAUCCCGAUGCCAAAAUAGCAAGGGACCACGCUGCGAACAUAGCAAUGUAGUAAACACGUCUUGGUAGAAUUCGGUGCUUCAGCGGUUGGUAUGUGGCGGAAAAUCUUUCGCACGCAAUGAGAGUUGUUGAGAUUAAGGAUCCUUGCAUGAAAGUAAAAUCGACGAAAAUUUUCAGUGGCUCAUUAAUAAUCCAGGAUUCGUGCCAUAGCUGAUAGUGGACUGCAAUGAUGUGCAUAUAAAUAGGUACGGAGACAGCUCCUAAAAUAAGAUCUGCAAACGCCAUGUUCACGACCAGAAGUAAACUUUUCCUGCGAAGCUUCUUUUUGAAUGCAAAGGUUACGAUCGUGAGUAAAUUUCCUAUGAUUAUCAAAACCGACAUGACAGUAAAAACACUGUACCAUGCUAUUCCCUCCAUCUUGCUAGGUAAAACCUCUGUUAAACCAGACGAGCUCUGUAGAGUCGCAUUAGCUGUCGAUGUGUCCUUCAUUUUGAAGUUUUGGAAAAUAUUGAUGCGGAUUAAAAAAAACGAGCUGGUUGAAUUACAACUAAAUAUGGGUAGGCUUUUAACCUCUGGUUGUUUACUAAAGGCGAAUUACGAGAAAUAGGGGUUUCCUUUUGUUGUCAUAAAAACAAUUAAUCAAUUCGAUAAAUGGUCACCAAAUGCGCCUAACUCUUAAGAGACUGUUAUUUGUAGCGGCGUUACUUCCGAUUUAUGCCAUUUAAUUUGAAAACAUAUCCUUUUAAAUUGCCACAAAAGGGAGGCUGUAUAAUCUUCGCUAAACUUAUCCGGAUAUUGCUACGUUCUCACUUAUCGCGGAUCUAAGGAGAAAACGAAUAUUACUUCUAUAGAGUAGCUCUUAGCAAUACGAAUUAUUUGGUUUCCAAUUGUUGCAUUCGUCUGACUGUCAACAUUCUAGAAAGAUUGAAAAGUUACAGCACAGCCGAACUGACGAGUUACGGGAAAUGGGGGUUUUCUUUUGUUGUCACAAAAACAAUUAAACAAUUUGGUAAAUGGUCGCCCAAUGCUAACUUUUAAGAGAUUGUUAUUUGUAGCGGUGUUACUUCCGAUUAAUGCUAUUUAAUUUGAAAACGUCUCCUUUUAAACUGCCACAAAAGAUAGGCUGUAUAAUCUUCACUAAACUUAUCCGGAUAUUGCUACGUUCUCACUUAGCGCGGAUCAAAGGAGAAAACGAAUACUGUUAUUAAAGAGUAGCUCUUAGCAAUAAGAAUUAUUUGGUUUCCAAUUGUUUCAUUCGUCAACAUUCGAAAAAGAUUAAAAACUUACAGCACAGCCGAACUGACUGCAUGUACAUUGCACCAAAAGUUCCCAUUAGUAAUACUCGUUGAAACUUUAUUGAUAGAAAAUAAAAGAAACGUUCCACGCUUUCCACAGAAUAGAGUCAAGCUUUUAACAUCUCAAGUGCUUCAAGUAAAGCUGCGAUUUUUAUGUGCUUCAUUCACUGCAUUGAUGUGACACCUCAAAAUCUUUUAAAAUGGGAACUGCAAAAUUGGCGAAUAAUUGUAAGUCUUAAACCGUAUGGCAAAAAUUUAUUCCCGUUUAGUUCGAUAUGAGUAAGAAACUCUCUGACCCUCCAGAAAUUAAAAGAAAUUAUUGAUAUUUUUUAUCGUUAUAAGUAAGCGCCUUGUCGGUUCGUUCUGUAGAAACCGAGUAAAAUUCUAGCUUUUAUGGAUGACUAAUCUUCUAUUUUGUAGAAUUUUUUGUAUGUUGUUGUUAUUUUUGGUUGUUACUGUAGGAGACAGAACCUCAAGAAGACUUUGUCAUUCCCGGAGUUCCCCAGUUUACUUACCAAGACGGCGAGAAGAUCGAAUUUCCUCUGCUCGUCAAGAAAACUCAGAAGAGGACAGAUCAUGACGAUUGGGAGGAGGAAGAAGAUUCAUCUUCCAGUGCCGAAUCCUUAUUUUCCCCCAAUGUCUCAGUGAAGGCAACGAGCUCUGCACAGGACACCCAGGGAGAGGCGAAAAACGAUGAUGCCAGGUUACUAUGUUUAAAUGUGUGGCAAGACGUAAUUUUUUAGAUUGAAAUUUUGUUCGUCUUUCAAAUCAAUACAGUCCUUUAUUUUGCAAAUACUAAGUCACUUAAGGGAAGAGAAUGAAAUAAACGCUGUAAUGAGCCUCGUUGGGGGAGGGGGGGGGGCUUGUAUUCUUCAGGGCUUCAGAGUAAACUAAUAGUAUGGCUAAAUUGUUCGUUGCGUGACGCCUGUGUGCCUCAGGUUUACUCCUCUUAAUUUUCUUUAUAUCCUAUUGUGAAUUUUCUUUUUUAGUUCUGGAGUAUUAGACGCAAGUGAACGUGAUUCCAAUCUCAAAACUCGAUGGAACUCAGCUAUAAAUCAACAGGACAGAACGUCGGCCAGUUCCAGCUCGGAAUGCUCCCCAGAUCACACUCUCAGGAAGACAAAAAAGUCACGCAACGAAGAAACUGUUUUGUUACGCUUUGUUGGGGACAUCAAUAUCCUCGUCACGCCAUUGUUGUUGGAGGCUUUGCAGAGGUACGCGAUAAUGGGAAAUACCAAAGCAGUGGGUGCUUGGAAAUUUAACCCUUUUAUCCCUGCGAGUGACUAGCAUCUACUUUAUCCAUACAAUAUAACCCUUGAAUCACACACAAGGUGACGAGUAUAAAGGAAAUAAUCACUAGCUGAAGAAGCUUUUGAUUGUUAACCCUUUAACUCCCAUGAGUGACCAAGACAGAAUUUCUUCUUACAAUAUCAAUACAAUAUCAACCAGAUAAGUGAUAAGAAUAAAGAAAAAUAUCGAUUUGGGAUAAUUAGUUGAUCCAAUACUAAAUUCUCUGAACUAAAAUAAUGAGAAAUGUAUAAAUGACAGUAAGGAGAUUGACAAAUUUGAACUGGGAGUUUAAGGGUUAAUCAAGUUCCCUUAGUCAGCACCAUAGGAAAUAUAGAGAACAGUGUGGAGAAUAUCCAUACUGACGUUGGGGUGUCAUGUCAAGGGAAGCCUGAGGAAAUGUUGGAGUGUUACCUUGCUAUCCAAGCGAAGAAGCGAUUGUCCUUAUUGAUUGAUCCAGAAUUCGGGAUGACUUAAGAAAGUUCGCUCUUGAUCGAAAGUCAAAUGAAUCGUAUGGAAUGCGUGGUUGAUCUCUAGUUUUGAAGCUUGUGUUAUGUUUUAUUUCAUAGGUACGUGUCCUCGAUUUCUCGACAGGACAAUAUUUUGCAUCCGGCCCUUGUUGUAGAUCUGGUGCAUGACAAAUGUGUGGAUGCCACUGAAAGCCUGUACGACAGGCGCGAGGUAGAAGCACCCUUAGGUUCGCCAACCGUAGGUCCGGUUAUUGAGGAACCCAAACAAAAACAGAUGGUUGUUUCGUUUUCAACUUCAAAGAUCAACUUUUGUUUUCUACAAGUUGCAUCUGUUGAGCACAGUGAAAUUCCAGGCUCUCCGGAAUGCUUCGUAGAAGAAGAAAAGUCGCCGUCGGUGUCUUUAGUGGCGGGAACCGUUAGUGGCAUCACGGCGGAACUUCUGUCGGUUAGGCGGAAGCCUGCAGCGGAGGAGACCGAGGUGCCGAGGAGAGAUUCCAAUGUGUCAUACACGAUUGCCCCUUCGAGCGCCAAACAAACUGCUAAAACUGUUGAUCUGCAAUCCUUGUCCAAAGAAGAAUCUAUGUUACCUUAUAAGAAGGUACCGCGUCAUCGGAACACCAUGACAACCGGUCAUGCCUCCUGUGCGCAAAUUCACUUUCAAUUGCGGAAGUUGUGUGACAAAGAGGACAUUGAGAAUUGCGUGACAACUGCGAUAGCUGAAGAGUCGGCACGAUGCAAGUUCCAAGUAAACAACAGCAGUUAUAUAAGUUUCUCAGACCCCUUUGAAACGCAUAGUGUCGAGCGCGGAAAAACACUUAGUUUAUUAAUGCUAGAAUGCGGCCUCGAUAACGUUUCAUUCAAAGCCGGAAGUGAGUGUGCGAGCGGAAGUGAAGUGUUGCCGAAAAUAAGGGAGAAAAGGCGAGCCGCUGGCCAUCAAAGUAAGGUGAACAGGCUCCCGUUUGGAGAAAAGAGCAAGGGAGGAAAUAUAGAAGCUCACGGGUUUAACAAUCCUAUGUUUGAUACAGAGUUAGGUGUGGCUGGAGUGCGCUCAUCCCUCACUGAACAGGAACAAGGAUCAGACACGAGUUUGAGUCGAGCUAGUUCUUUGCCGUCGAGUCGUGGAUCCGUCAGCAGCCGUAGCAGUGGAAAUGAUUCUGACAAAGAAAGCGAUGCUGAUGACGAUGUUACCAGGCCUCUACUUCGUCCAGGAGAUCGCGUCGCGGUAAAAGGAAAAGAAAAUUCAGACUUGAUUAAACAGGGGGAGAUCGAACCGAAAGACGCAGAUCUCGCGCGGCGAACGGACGUAGCCAUGAAUUUCACCAACAUCUGGUUCAAUCUGUCGUCGCCCUCUUCUUUGAAAACUGUUCCCUCAAACUAUCACUUAUACAAUAGUCUCGUCACGACUGCAGUGCCUUUCGUGACAGCCUGGAUCCCGUCUGUCACACAACUGAAGUCAACUCUCAAUAAAUUGGAAGAGAAUCAACAACGAUUUCUAAAGAGCUUGUUUGCUUGUCUACUGGCUCAGGCGCUACCUGAGUAUGGACGGAUUCCCAAAGCGGUGAGUCUUAAAAUGCUGUUUUCAAGAGACCAAACUGCAACUUAGCUCCCUAAAAUUUGUUGAAAGUAGAAUCACACAAGCAUAAAAUUUACGUGAUUGAACUUAUUAAAAUUUUACGAAGCUAGAGUUACAUUUGUCUAAAGGUUGCAUAACAAGGCUCUUGAAAAUGUGUAAUUUACAUGACUUAGCUCUAUAUAUUGUGACAAAACCAGAGUCACGGAAGCCUAAAGGUUACUUUGAUUUUGUUUUUAGCACACUGUAACCCGUGGUUCGACGGAGAAAUCCAAAUUUUUACAAGAGGACCACUCCAGCCAACUUAUUUAUAUACUCCGAAGGCAGCUAACAGGCUCCAAACUUAACAAAAUAAAACACUCGCUAGCUGAGAAAGCAAAUAUCCCAGAAAACGAAAACCUUGCUAAAGGAAUCUUCGCCCUGGCAAGACAAUGGAAGUGUUUUCUGGCGGGAACUGAGGCAGGUGAAGUCGCGUUCUACGGGUCCAGUUCACUGAAGCGUCGGGUAGUCGGACGUGGAGUACUGACUCAAAGAGACAGGGCUAUUUUACUGAGGGAGGAGAGGGUGAGUAGGCAAGAAGACACGCCAUUGGAUUUGAACAUUCCACAAGCAACAGAGACAGCAAAGGAGAGUCCGUUGUUAACUAAAGCAGACCAAUCAAAAUAUGAUGGUAUGUUUUGAUUCAAAUUUUUGUUACACUUUACAUUUAUAGGGGACAGUUACAUCAGCUAUUGUUGUACUUAAAUGUGCCAUGUGUAUUUUAUCAAGUGUGACCAAAUUCCUUUACGGGAAAGAUGAACUCUCUAAAACGUGCCUCGUUCCCAACCUAUGGCUUCGGUACCUGGUUGGUAGUAGCGCCCACCCAGUAUCUGAGAGGCCUGGGUUCGAAUCCCGUCGCAGCCUGAUUUUUUGCAGGCUUCGUUUUAGUAAUUCCUAAAAUUGCAGUCCAUAUGCGAGGAUUGUUUCUUUGGUUGAUUGUUCUGUAUCCAACUCUAUUGGUUUUUUAGAGGGAUCUCUAAAAGACACACCAGAGAAAAUAGCAAAAGACUCUUUAGCAUUGGAGCUUGAACCAUUAGUUCCUGCCAAAAAGUCCCCGAGGCCAGUCCACUUGGACUUACCCAGACCGAGGAUAGAGGCGUCUCAGGAGUCUGAGACGGACUCGGAUUCAUCCCCACCAACCACUAUGAGGAAGCCACCUAAAGCCACAACAUUUGCGGAAGGUAGAAAGCUCGGACACAACAAGAAGUUGAGUUUAUACAGUUGGCUAUCAUCGCCGCCCACUACCUCCCCUCCCACAUCACAAACAAAGGCUAACGUCGAGGCAGGAGUGGAAACGAAUACAGGAGAACAGAUAAAAGGUAGAAGAAAUCUUUGUUGUAGACCACAGUAAAUGUUCGAAGCAGCGCUCUGGGCGCCCCUUUAGACUACUGAGACGUGGAAGGUUGCUCAUUUGGUUGUACUCGGUUUUACUGUAGAUGGUGUGAAUGAAUGAGUUUCUCUUUUUUUUCCCUUGCUUAUUUAGACUUAAUUUCCAAACCCUCCUCUCCUGAGGAACCCGGCCUGUUUAGCGACAUGGUCAGCGUACCGACCAGCGGUAAACAGAUCAAAGACGAGCGCGAGACUUUUAGGAACUUUCUGCAGGCCAUAAAUCUGAUUCCAAGGGUUGCUGAACAACAAGAUACGGCCAGCACGUUCUCUGUGAGCACUAAACUGAGGUACCUACACGUGCAUUUAGUGGAUGGAGGCUUUGAUAACCUGGCUAAGAAAGGAAAGGGAAAAGGAAAGAACCGAGUGGAGACUGAGGAUAGGAAUAAGAGACGCCGCCAGGUAGGUGGCGGCAAGAAUGCAAUUUUGUCGUCUGCUUUUGAGCUGUUUGAUUUUGAAUUUUCCUUUGUCCCACGCUCUUGCCAAGACGAAAAAACAUAUUUCUUUACUUCUUUACUAUAUUUCUUUACCAAGUUUAUAGUCUCUGUGGCUCAGCAUCGGAGCGCGGAAUCCGAAGGUCUGAGGUUCGAUUCCUCAAAGGGACUCUUUUUUUUUUCUUUGUCUCACGCUCGUGACAAGACGAAAAAACAUCUUUCUCAACAUGAAAUUAGAUAAAAUCUCUACUGGUAUUUUUUCUUUGCUAAUGUAUAUGGUGAACAACGUACUUGUAAAUACAGAUACCACUUUACACCAAAAAAUUUGCUUCUGAGCUUAGUUUUUAUUGCAAAGAACUUGCUGCUUAUAUUAGUUCACCAGUUCACAGCUGGAGUAGUGGACUGCGAAAUCGGAAGGUCGGAGGCUAAAUUCCUCGUAUGGGGCAACACAGGAGAUGAACGAAGGACAUGCUCGGGGGCAUCGAUUUGGGUCUCCAUUUGCAAAUUUCUUGGUUGAAAUUUGUAAGGAAAACUCAAGAAACAAUCGCUGUCUCUCAAAAUAAGCGAAUGAAAAUAAAACUUUCAUAGAAAAGUGUCAAAGGAAACAAAAUUAGAGACUUUUCAAACACAAAGCUUAUUCAGGUACGGGUAUUUUGUUAAUUUACCACUCUCUUAUGAGCGUCACCAAACGCUGGACUUACUGGCUUUUGCUGGUAACAUUUGUGAAACAACUUGGUUCUGAAUGCCUGAAAGCACGCUACCUAGUCAUUACAACGGUCGCACGUGCGUGGACUCCUUACCAUUGUGUUGUAUGGGAUAUUUUCCAUGUCGUGGCCUCGAAAAAAUGAGUAGCAUCUUUCUUUAUUUGCCGACUAAGCCUGAUCGUAUAGUUCUUCGUUAUAUCUAUUGAAUUCUUCAUGCCUAUAUCUUUAUUGCAGGAGAGAGACCCAGUAUUCAUCGCCAGAGACUUCGUUUUUAGGUUUCUUUGUGAUGAAACUCCUCGAGAUAUUCUUCCCAAUUGGACUCCAGGUAACAGUUUUUACUCAAUGAAGGAGAACAACAAAUUGACGCAGGUCAACUUUACCGUGGGAUGUGGCAACAUUACGCAACGUGCCAAUCUCUCUUUCCUCCGUCUGGUUCUACAAGUUGUGGACAUGCUCGAGUUACUGUCAAAUUUUGUCUCCAAAAACAAUGAAUGCGAAAUACCGCUGACAUCUGGAGACCAAAGUUUGAUGUCCCCUGAAGACCAAGCUGACGGGGGUCUGCCGUUGAGGUCAAAAGUGCCCCAUGCAGCUGCAAGGUGUUGGAGAAUAAUGUACCAGGUUGUUGACCUUUAUUCGUCGCUACCGCGUGAGGCCAAAACUAAGGGCUUUUUGAAGCGAAGUACCCUCGGGAGAGUAUUAGGAGGUGAUACAUGAAUCUAAUAUUUUAACUUGAUCUUCUUUUGAGUUUAUACUGUCCUUUCCAUCCCUUUGCCGUUCUUACCGUCUCUUUUACUUGAUCGCCACACAGAAUGCAUAAGACUCCGUUGAUCCAUUGCAGGACGCUUGUCACAUGUAAGCCCAUUACAUGGUUCAGCUCUCUGCAUAGUAACACUAAUUCAACAUAUUUCUUUAUGCCCCUUGCUAGCUGACAAAAUGUCGCCAGAUAAGCCACGUGAUGUCAAGAUCGACAUCGAAGAUGGUGCGAUAGAAGAUGGUAAAAGGCGCCGCGCCCGCACCUCAGGGAGUCCUGAGAAAAGACGUUCAGCGGCCAGCCGCAGCACCACUGAAGCAACUACCAUAACGGAUCAGGAGGAUGCGCAAAGUGUGAUACCGCUGUCCACAGUGUUUGGUGUAGUGACCUUACCACGGGUUAAACUGCUGGCCAGUAUUGGCGGGCUCAUACUGGAGACAGAGCUCAGAGAAAUAAGUGUGUCGUUUUGUAAGAAAGAGAAGAUGGAAAAAAGCUGUGAAGGUCGGCAAUUUUUUUAGUGUAUUUUUGCCUCUUGAACUUGGAAACUGUUUUAUAUAAAUUCCUGGAAAUACUAUUUAUACAAAUAGUUGUAUUUAGAGUGAAACUUAAAAAUACUUUCUCACCCACAUUCGCAUAAAUUCCUCCAACGUGUAAUACUUCAUUUUCCCGACAGUUUCAGACCAUGCCGCGUCCUCCGUGACGGCUCAUGUAGGAAAAACAAGAAUGGAUCUGAAAGAGACGUCGAAAUAUGCCACAGGGUAAAUAAAUGACUCAAAAUCUCAGCUGAGAAUUAUUUUUGUGAUGUUUUGUUCAAGAGGCAAAACUUUAACAAUUAUAGCAAUGAUAAAUGUAUUAUCUUCGAAUUUCAUUAUUCGUUGAAUCGUAAGUUGAAUCGUACGUUGGGUGAGGGGGGGGGCAUGCUAUAGUUGAUUCGUCUAUGGAUAUCUUGAAUGAGUCGAAUUACUCAGUGACUCAUGACUCGAAUUGCGCGUGAACGUUAGAAGUUAAACGUUGACGUUAAAGUUAGCGCGUUAUAAAGUUCUUUGCUACAUGGUAGAGGUUUAGCGCGCCGCCUAUUUGGCCAGAGAGGCCCCCUCUGAUAUCUGUGGACUUUAUAUAUAUCGUCGUUUUUCCAACCUUCUUAGGACCGUGGUGAGCUGCAAUUUGUCUCGCUCUCAUGCUCUCUACUCUUCCGUCACGCAAUCAAGCGAGGAGAAAGGUAACGCACUGGUAACGUUGGGAGUGGUUGACAUCGACAUCCCUCAGCACCCCGUUGCGUUACACUCAAUGAUGACGCGAAGUUCACGCACUAUAUCGCGACACAUCUCAGAGAUUCAAAGUCAGAGAUCUGUCAUAAGGUAAACUGAUUCACUAGUUGAGGCCCUUAUUGGUGAGGACAGUUUUUUUCCCCUCAUGAUUAAGUCAGGAAGUUUGAAAAUGCAUAAAUACAUAUAUAAAACCUGAAGGCUAUUCAAGUGGAAAAGUUGAUUUAGGGAUGAAAUAAAUAAGUCAAGAUGCAUUUGUAAAAUACAUGAUAUACAACACAUCGUGAUUGGUCAAGAAACUAUCGUGUCCUGCUGUUAUAUACCCAUAGCUGUUUAAUGGAAGCGGUAUACUGCACUUUCUAUUGGUUCAUUGGCGUAAUAACCCAUUCGGAAUUAAGGGGAACACGAGAAAAUGUGGUUUUUUUUAACUGAGUUGAUAAUAUUUCUUGGUCAACUCAGUUGAUGAAACAAAAUGAUAUUGAAAUACCCUCCCUCCCCCUCCCUCCCACAGACGCAGCGCCACAGUUUCUUCAGAAACGUCCCCCCCCUUAAGUGCACAUUGAUUGCUGAUUACGAGACGAAGAAGAGUUAUCUAGAAAGUUUUGUGUCAUUCUUCAUGCAUUCCGCGCUGGUUAUUUCAUCGAUAAACUGGUAGAAAAUGCGGCUACUAUUGUUUAAAGAACUGAAGACAUUUUCUCUCCUGUUUGUAUGAAGUUAUUAAUCGUUUUCCUGAUUGUGUUUCAUAGAUCAAUGGCGAGUCUGGAGACUCGAUCCCAGUCCCGCCUUGCUAACUCCAGGCUUUCUGGUGCGCCAUCUGAUUUCUCUAAGUUCGCUCAGCUUGUGUCUCCGUCAUCUGUUAAGCCGUUUGCUCCAUGGGAUCGUGUAGACGGACCCUCACCACUCCCCACAGUGGCUAGAAUCUCUUUCACUUGCGUGUUGAAGGGUUUUUGCCUCGGAGCCUCGUUGCUGCCUUCUCUUCGAGCUGAGUACAAGGUCAGGCAGGGUCUUACGUGUCUCCAGAAUUGAAAAUUAGAGAAAGUCAACUGAGAAUGAACUGUAUUAUUUCCCAGGAACAAAUACCACUAGAACAAUCAUUCAAACAUUCACUAAUUUUGUGGAAAUUUUUUGUUGGAAAAGUUGGAACUUUUAAGACCUUGUAGAUCGUAACGUGUCAGAACACUUUUCAAGUUAAUGUCGUAAAAUUGAAACAAAGUCACAGCAGCCGCUCAGAGAGAAGGUAAAUCUCACAAGGAGUCAUUGAGAACUUAAAACAAGCGGACUGCCUUGAGCGCGGGAAACUGUUUUGGCAACUCUCGGCCGGUAUCAGUUAUGCAUGUGAUUGGUUGAGAGAGUGGCGCGACUUUAGACCAAUCGCAAGACGAGUUGACACAAAAUCGACGCAUGCUCGGAUUAAUUUCGACACUCGAUUGAGAAGUGGUCUGUUAAAGUAUUUUUGGGAAGAAUUGUCAACGUGCCAGGGGAGAAAUCGUUUGACAUAUCGUGGAGACACGGAGAACAAUGCUGAAAACAUUUGUCCCUGCGAAUAAAAUUUUUUGUGGGACAGGUCGCAAAAAGUACAAACCGACUUAAAUUUUUGCGAUGAUCGCAGCUGUUAAAAUCAUAGCCUGCACACUGAGCGGUUGAUUUUGUUUCCUCGUGUAUUUUCAUUUACAAGUUAUGGGUUGUAUAUAGGUUUUUACAUUUUUCUCCGUAGAUUGGAAGAGUGACAGGAUCAGGUCGCACAGGAAAAAACAGCACUUUCAAGUUGGCCAUGCCGGCUCACAAUCUGAGUUUUACUUCUAAGGUAAAGCGUUUGUGAAAAAUUUCUAGUAAGUAAGUAAAGCAUCUUAUGUGCUGCGUCGGCUGGCUUUGAAACACUUGCCAGUUGAAAGUUGAAAAUAAAUGAUAUGAAAACUCCGGCAAACGUAUAUCUUCCUAAAAUCCAGGUGCUUUACUUGUUUCCUUGAUGAAGAAGCAGCUUUUAUCUCGCUGAGUUAUUCUCGCAACCCUGGAUCUUUUGACACAGCAGUCAAGAGUCGAGCAUGCGCAAGAAGAUCAAUUACAGCUGGCCGCACACCAAUUUCCCGCUCAAAAUUUCUGGGAAAAAUAUAGGAAGAAACCGCUGUGCCGCGAAAUAAGCGAAAGAUCAAAACGUUCGUAGAAGUCUGUUCAAUGAAACAAAAUAGGGAAAAAGGAAAACUCGAGACUUUUCGAACACAAGGCUUAUUUAAUCACUGGUAACCAUGUUUAUUUACCAUUCUGUUUUGAGCUUUGCCAAAAAAGUCGUACGCUUUUGGAACUGUGUUCUCUCCCAAAUAGCCUUUUGCUAGGCUCUUGGUCAGCGGAGACAAGCUGAAAAGCAGAAAAAAGUGGCGAGAUUGCCGCUGCCGUUUUACUUAUAUCUCAAAUCUAACCUUUUUGUGUUACUCGACUGUUUUCUGUAAAGGUUCAGUCCUUGGAUAAUACUAUCCCGCCAGCUACAGUUGUGGAACUACCCCCAGUCCACGUGGAAGGUGAACUAAUUUCCAAGCUUCCUCGGCCCGCCCGAGCCAAGGAAGGUCCUUCGGAGACUGGGGAGAGUUUUCUUCGUCGUUCCACGCCUAAAAACUAUCUGCACGUAUCUGCGGAAAUCGGUGCCUUCCAGCACAGCCUCACUACAGAUCUGUUGAACCAUCUUGUGUUUGUGCAGAAGAGCUUUAUGAAGGUAAGUGUGUUUUAAUCAUGUUUGAUUUUCAAAUGAUAUUGUUUGUAGUCCAUGUUUAACACUAGUUUACUUACACACACUGCCAGACACACACAACUCGCACAAAACCUACUGUUAAUCAAGGCACGUAACUUAUAUGCACAUCUAUCAUCUAUCCAUUCGCUCGGAGAGAAAGGCUAAAGCUCGAAACGUCAGCUUUGAAAGUAUUAACGGUGGCCAAUUAACAUUACCAACUCAUUUGAUGGUGCCAAAUUUUCCUGUCAUACUCCCCCACAGGCGCAGCACCACAGUCUCUUAAAAUCUAACCCGCCUCAUUCAUCUAAAUAUAACUUGCAUCAUAAUUGCUGUAACAAUUCCAAUUAUUUUUUAAAUAUACAAUACCAACAUCGCUCACAAAAAUGAAAGAAAAAUAAUGAUAACUGAAAUAAUUUCAACCAUAGUGAUGAUAAUGACAAAAAAAAUUGUAAGCUAUCAUUUAGAUACAUUUUAGUCUAGUAAACACUACGUAAUUGCAUAGCUACAUUAAGCAUUUGGAAACUCUUUUAUUAUAAAUCUUAAAUAUACUGCCUACUUUUUUCUUUUUUUUUUUUCUCCCUUUGUGUACCAUUUUUGGAUGUUCCUUGAUUGCCUUGUGUCAGCGUUUCUUUGGAAACAGUAUCGUAACCACAGUGUUGUGUCUUGAUUUUCGUUUGUUUCUUAGGAAGUGAAUGAUGUUCUUCAGCGAGUGUCGGGUGAGAGCCAACCUGUCCCUUUGUGGAGGACCGCUUCUACUGAAGAUGUGGACACCGCAAAGGAGAAAGAAAUUCCCUUGCUUUAUUCAUUCCGUCUUAAUCUGAAGGUAAUCCCGGCAUGUACUAGAUGUAAGAUUGCUCUAUUUAACUCAUGUUAGUGUCGAAUUUCUCUCUCAUAAUGACGUCUCUUGUGGUAAGUUUGAGUAAUAUGGGUCCCCUUCUUUUUCAUUUUUGACAAUUUCACCAAAUUUUGUAAGCUUUUCACCGCACCAUUGUUGGAUAGACUUUUCCCACAGCAAUCAACAGUUAUCUGAGAUAUGAUUCUUUGGCACACGAGACACACUUCUGGAGGCUUUUUUUCAUCAUGUUUUUCUCUGUCAGGGAAUCCAAGUGACAGCUACAACUCCUUCGUCUACCGCGGUGAGACUGGAUACUGGUGUAGUGUCAUUAGAGGUGUCCAACUCAGCGCCAUCGUCUGGCCUCCUUCCUGGUCAGCUGAGGAGGAGUGAGUAUUCAGUAAAUUUUUUUUAUAUAUGAAUAAAUUUAUAUACACUUGAAAUAUAUUUAUACACAAGAGGGAGGUUUCUGAAGAGACUGUGGUGCUGCUUCGGUGUAUAAUGAGAUGAUUUGCUUUUACCAUGAUUUUGAUUUAUAAUGUAAAUUGGCCGCCCAGCGAAAGGUUUCUAAAGAGCGAAUGAUAAAGGGCUGACGCUUGAAACGUCAGCUUUAGAAACUCUUUACGAUUAUUUUUAUGGGUCAGUCACAACGCGGUUAACUGGUCAGCUAAUUAAGCAGAUGUCGGAACGAGACGUGUGCUUGGUUCUGAGUGCGGGAAAACUUACUGCUGCGCGAAAUCAGACGUGGAAAACAGUUAUGGAAAGGACGGGAAAACAAACCCUAGCCUACUGCCAAAGUUACGUGUUAAGCGCGGGAAACGAGUACCCUGCAUCUAGCUCGGAAAUUUAUUGAAUUAUUAAUCCUGUGAUUCUGUGGUGUUUGUUAUAGGUAGUAGCUAUGUGAAACUGUUUGGAAAAGCGCAAGUGGACGUUAAUCUCUCUUUAGGACAAUUUAACAAGGUAACAAUUAACAAAGAUAAUUUUGAUAACUCAGAAGCACCCGAGUGGUAAGUUGUAGUCCUUUUUCUCCAUCGACAGAGCCGCAUCAUAGACAACGAACUCGAAUACCAGCAGUUGGCUUACUUCAAAACCAGGAUUGGAGUCAGCAAUUCAUUUCAGGUACAGGACUCUUCGCUCAAAUUUAUUCCAAGUCGCGGUCUGGCGACCUAAAACCAUAACAUAGUUGUCAGAAAUAACAUGUUAGUCGUAGGAACUCGCAAUAUAAUCGAACUAUACGCUGACCACAGCACUACAACUAAACAUGGUUCAGCUCAUUACGUUACUAACGGACAUAGGCGCCCAAAACUGGCGGCUUUCACUGCGGAUUUAGGCGCCAGAGUUGUUUUUUAUUACGCGUCAUAGCGACCAGAAAAGGUCGGAGCCUCGAGAGCUGGCUGGUAGCCUCAUCUGCAGACGAACAAUCAGCGAGUGCAACCUUCAGUUUGAACGACGAUUAACAAGAAUAUACAUUGGAUCACUUUUUGUAGAAUGAUUGCAAGAGUAGCUUUUGAAAGUCCUAUCUCGGUUACUUGGAAAAAUGAUGAGCCGUAUCCAUUUUUCAUUUUUUUGUGCUCACAGGAUAGCAGAUCGUUAGCUGGCACAGAAGAUAAAGAGACAUUCCUGGUGACGUUAACUAAACCGUGUUUGUACGUACAGCAAGUGGCAUUCGACAAAGGUGAAAUCAUUAAAAUGAUAUAAGUAACCUUUACUCAGAGGUACUAUUGAUCGGGGAAUGCCACAGAAACAAUCAUUUCUGAAAAAGAAGCAGGGGUAAACUGAUUGCAGGUUUUUUCUGCGUGUGUAAUUUAGUGGAGAACAGAAUAAUGAGAUGUGAUCGUUAUUUCCACAGGGUAUCUUAAAACAUUUUUUUUUUGUCUCGCAGUUUUGCCAUAUUUUCACUUUUUUUAAAACUUGAAAGUGGUCUGUAGUUUAGUUUCAAGGUGGACAAGGGUUGUAACUGAAGAAAUGGUACACAGGAGAGAUACACUUUAUAUGGAAUAGUAUAUAUCUUAGUGCGCUUGUGUUUCACUGUAUUCGGGCUGCAGUUUAUAAAACAUCUUAUGUUCUUUGUUUUAGGGUUUUUUUCGGUUUUGUUCUGUUCUUUUUGUACACAGUAAGUAGCCAAUAGUCUGUGGUACAUAGCACACAUAACAGUAGGUAAUGCAUAAUGUGUAGUACGCAAGAGAUAUUUUUAUAUACACGUAAUAAAUACAUCGAAGGUUUGAAUCUCUUUUUUUUCAGCGGUUCUUGUUUAUUUGAAUUAUAAGAACGCUUACGAACACUGGAACGAGCAACGCCUUGCGCUUAACAAAGAGGUUGGUAUACACUUUGAUUUAUUCGAGACAUGUUCGAUUGCAUGUUUGUGCUGUAAUUAGAAGCCUACAUAAUCGUAUGAUAGUAUUCUGUUCACGAGGCUAAUUAAUCUUUUGAUGUGUUCAGAGUAAUGCCGACAGCGUUUUCCCGCCACAGUUAGCCGUAACUGUCAGCGGCUUCUUCUGUUUUUCGCGCCACAGCUUUGUUUCUGUCCUCGUACACUCAAGUGCAGUCACUUCAGUUUUCUACGUGGCGCUCAUGCGGUGUUCACGUGGCGCUCAUGCGUUGUUCACAUGGCGCUCACGUAGCGUUCAGGCGUUGCUUACGCGGUGUUCGAAUUCUUUCCCUGCACGUGCUUCCUCCUUCUCAGAUCUUGGUAAAUUCCCGCCAAAAUGUAAUCAUGUCUCCUCCUAAUCUAUUUUCCACGUCUGGUGCUGCCUUCAUUUCUUUUCCCUUGGCAUAUCAAAUCUUUCAGGCCUUGAUUCUUUUCGCACAGAAUGUGAAUUUUUACGUGAUUGUUAUGUACAGUCUUCUUGAAUUUACUCUAUCAAUGAUUCCCCUCUCUUAUACAGUGGCUCGUGGAGAACACCACAAGUGAUGUUAGUACUGAUCUUCUGAUUUUUAUCAACACGCACUCUGCAACUUUCCAUCUUGUCCUUACACUCCCUAUGAAUUUUUUUUCGCCAAAUAUUUUUGUUUCGUACUUGCAGUUCGUUAUUAGUUGAUAUCUUUCUAGACUGACUUAUUGACGAAACUGGCCUUUUCUUCAUUUACUUUUGCUCUCUCAAUACGUCCUAUCCUUUCAAUGGUUUACGACACUUACAUGUACAGCCUGAGACGUCUGUGUAGAGUGUAUCAAACACUUAGACAUAACUUAUAUUUCUGGUGUUAUUUUUGCACCGCUCCAUAGCAUAACAAACUGGUAUCCAUGUCCCAUUUUAAAAAAUGUUUUCCAAAUGGUCCAUAACUCACGUAUUUAUGUGUACAUUCAUUCACAGCUAGUUAGCAAUAAACUUUCUCGUCUAUUUGGUAGAAGAAUCAGUUUGUCGGUGAGUUAGACAGUUAGAACAAAGUGUGUGCGAUCGAGUAGUUCUUUGUAGUUAGCCAAGAAUAACAAGACGUUACUUAAAAUGUUUUGUAAGUACAUGUAAUGCAGAUAGUUAUUUUUUUGUUUUGUUGCUAUUUUCUUACAAUGUUUUAAAUGCGCUAUCCCUAAAAUGUAUUUUUGUUAUUUUGCGACUUGUGGAUGCAAAGGUUUUUAAUGUUGAAACGAGUCACGCAAACGAGUUAACGAAGUGAGAGAUUAGAACAACAAUGUUGAUCAUAUUUUUUGUCAGACAGUCAGAUCACAUACUGUAGGUUAAGCCUUAUUUGAAAGAGUAAUGCACGCUUUAAUUCAUUAGGCGCAUUCUGUUUUGACUGUCGAUAGUCAUUAGCUUUUCCAAUUGUUGAUUUACCUAGCUCUGUGAUUGGUCCAGAAACUGUGGCUGCCCUCUCGACCAACCAGAUGCUAAAGUGACACCAAUUGUGACUUGGUCGCACGCGUUUUCCCGCGUUUCAUUCGACUUUUCAUUUGCUCCUUUCGACACUCAUUCGAUAUGCGUUCUUCUAUAUUUCAUCGUUCUAAACUGUUCAGGAAAAGUAGUUUUGAACGCAACAAGAUGUGAGACGAAAUUGUUAUUUUUUUUUAAGUGUAGCAGACGAAUUAAGUGACUUUUUCCCUCGAUUCACUUCAGGUUCAUUUUGCCACUCAAGCUGUGCUGGACAAACUGCCUCAGAGAGCCCCGUCUUCCCAGCUGUCGGGAUCACUUUUCCUUCAACUUACUGUCGACCAACUUGGCGUUUGUAUUCCCCUCUAUAAUGGCAAUCAGGUUUGUAACCAUUAAUGUCGAUGAGAAGAAACAUUUAAGCGAAGAGUUUACGGUUUACCGAGGUAACGAGCCACGCGGGUUAUUGGAUGAAGACGAGAAAAGCGCGUGAAUUCAGUUAUCAGUAUGUCCAAUGGAGUUACGUCUUCUCUUUCCUCUUUCAGGGUAUCGCUCAAGGCUUUCAAAUGAGAUAUGCUGGUAAGUGGAUCCUUGAUAAGUUACAAGAGCACUCUCGUUUCUACAUUAAUUUGAUUAUUUUUUAUCGUCUUGGAUAAUUUGCUUUAAAUGAUUGGUAUGGAGCAAGACACAAGAGUUAGUGUUGAUAAGCGGAUGACUAAUGAUGAAAAAGGUUUGAUCAGAUCGCAAAUAACUGACUUAAAAAUGUCUCAGUGAAGGCAAUUUUGUGUUGAGUGUCGGUAGUAACUCGUUAUUGCAUUGGUUGUUUUACUUUGCUCUUUGAUUGGUCUAGAAAACCCAACCCACUCUCUCAACCAAUCAUAAGAAAAAGCUACGACCAAUCGCGACCUGGUUCUGCACAUUUUUACGGACUCUCACUUCAAAUGCACUUUUAUUUCCCUUCUUGUUUACGUGUUUUUAGAACAAGAGCCUGGUCCUGCUAUGGUAUUAAGGGUUGAACAGAUGCUACUCACGUGUUGCUCAAGCGUCUCUUUUGUUAGUAAAGGAAAGUUUAACAGCUUCUGUCUUUGGUUCGCCGACAAAUUUGAUACCGAUACUGAGGACUGGAAACCAAACUUUGAGUCUGGGUCAACGACGCGAUGUAGUAGAUGUAAGGCAUUUUACUUUUUGUUUCCGUUGAUGACUUUGAGCUGUGCCUGAGUCAAAUGAAGGGAGCUGAACAAUUUGUCUUUAUUUGCUACAGCCGCCAACGAUAAUCUUAUGAUUUUGUAUUUCCAGGUGUUGUUCCCGAAGGAACUUACGAACUAUGCUCCAGAACACAAAGGUAUCCUGUGACACCAGGUAAGAGUCCUUGCAAUUGAGAGGCAGAGCCCUGAGAGGAUUGGGAAUGAAUAUGACUCGAAGCUCCGCUGCUCGUUUUCAUACUCUGCCGCCUUGUUCACGAUGCUUCUUCCACCAAGCACUAUUAACCCUUAGAUCCCUGAGAGUGAUUAGCAUCUAAUUUCUUCUUACAGGAUCAUUCCUGAAAAAAGGAAAUGAGCACCAACUGAAGGAGCUUUUGAUCGUUAAACGUUCUUCUUAUCGACACCUUAGAAAAUAUACAGAGAGCAGUAUGGAGGUUAUGCAUGCUUAUGUUGGGUGUAAAGGGUUAAUGGAUUAAGAAAACUGGAAACCUAACAAAACCAGCAAUGGGCAGGCGUCCCCCUGGAGACAAGCAACACACCUAGACGCUUGAUACUAAAAAAAAAAAAAAAACAAAAAAAAAGAAAAGAACGGGGGAUGUCUCGAGUCAAAUGGGACAUUAGGUUCUCAAGAGUAAAACCCUUCAACUUAACUUGUAGCAGGUAUUAUAACCGUUUUUUCUUGUUCUAUAACAGACAUGAUUAAAGCAGGGAAGUGGGUUAUGUCCUUCCAGUGGCGCAUGUGCGGUAUCGAAUUACAUUGCGACACCAACAUUGGUAAGCAUUUGUCAUCUCUGGGACAAACGCUGACCGCUUUGGCUGGUGAGCCGGAUGUGGCUAACAUUGACUCGGUUACAGAACUGCAAGACAGGGACCAAACUCCGAGGACAUCAGUCGGAGGCCGAGAUGAGGUGGAUAACAUGGCAGGCAUGGUGGAUGGACGGAAAUCUAAAAAAAUCGAGAAAAAUAUGUGGGAACAGGCCCGCAAGGUUAAUGAACUGAGGUUAGGCAGCAAUCUAUUUUUAUUUUAUUCCAUUUUUGGAUUGCAUCUGGUUGACGGUUGAAUUUUUUUGUUAAAAAUCUGUGCCUUUGAUCUCUGUGAAAGAACUUACCGCAACAAUUGAAUAGGGAUUUCUUUUCGCCAAAUUUCAGCGGAGCUUUCAAUGUGGUCGCCAACUCUUUGCCACCAAGUUAUAUCUUGACGACAUUCGGAUCAAUGUCAUUAUCUGAGCAACUGUGCGCCUACCCCUCGCCCAACCCAACAUUUUCCCCAACUUGUUAUGAUCAGUUGACUGUUGUUUGGUUGGGGGAGGGGUAGGAUCGCAGUUGCCUAGAUACUUUCAUUCGUUGCCUCUAAGAUUGCAUUCGAAGAUAGAAGUUUCAUUGAUUUUUUUAUGAAUUUGCAUAGGAGAAAAACCGACGUGGAGUCGUACGUCAUGGAACGAGAAACAAAACGACUUCAGGACCUUGAAAGCGCAGUCUUUAACGAAUUUCGGAAAGACGUUCGGAAGAGGCUUCGGCGAAAUUCUCGGUCUGGCCGAUCGACCCAUUCGAAGGUUGCCGAUUCAGACCGAGGCAAAACUCACGGCAGGAAAGCUGUGUCCGAGAAGGUUCGGGGAUCCAGAACUCGCUCUAGAGUGCGUCGCCAAGUGAGUAGCGACCAGGAAGACGUCGAGAGCGAAAUGGUGGAGAUGGGGUCACCGCGGAGACCUGAGAGAUUUUCUACCAGCGAUGCUCCGCUGAUUAUCUGCGAGGACGAGUCAGAGAACUCAAUUUUCGGAAGAUAUUCGCCAUCUCUUCCCGACAUCAUCAACGUGGGCAACAGCGCAGCUAAGUCGAUUCAUGAAGACACGCUGCCGUUGCGAAGCAUGUUGCACCAAGAAGGAGAGGAAACAGGAGGACCGAGAGUGACUUUUAGGACCCCUAGUGAGUCGGAUUACGAGAGCGGCUCGUCGCAGAAGUCAUUUGCGACGCAGCAUCAAUCCCAACAACAUCAGACACAACAAAAUCUUGAUUUUGAGUUAGACGUGGCAGUAGAGAUUGACAGUGGUCAGUGUGUAUUUUAUCCUGCUGAUGAAGGAGAAAAGGACGACACUGCAGACAGCAAGUACGUUGCAGUUUUUCAAGUUCUAUAUCGCACUUGCCGAAAACACCGGCGUAUAAGCAGCACUCGCAGAUAAGCAGCAUCCCGCGAUUGGCAAAUGAAAGUUUGGAAAAACUUGUAGCGGGCUUCCUGGGUUGGAUAUAUCUCUUCCAGCACAGGAUCAGUGGCCCGAACCUUUUUCAAGCAAAUAACUUCCAACAUCAGUAUGAUAUCGAAAUCAAACUUUCCACCAAAUAAAAGUAAAGCCCUUUUCAUUUGUCAAUCAGAUGACUGAAUCGGCCUCGAAUGCGGGAAAGCACCGACAGGCUUGGUUUAAAUACCGGUAGUUUUUCUGAUUGGCUAGGUGAAUACCGCCUUUUUAAACAAUCUCAAAGCCUACUGGGUAAAGUUUUGAAUAAUUCGCGACCCUUUAUCAAAAAAUUGCAAAGCGCAAGUUGAUUUUUACUGGUCUACAGUUAAAAAAUAUGGAUUAGCGUGCGGUUUUGGUCCAAAAUGGUACUUAAAUGAUUCAGAUACGUUGGGUGUUCACAGCAGAGUGUCUAUUAUUUUUCCCCAGGACUUCAGACAAACGAUUCCAGUUGUAUGAUCCUGCACGCGGUAAAUUUUCAUCUCCACUGUUCCAGACUACCAUUGGUCAGAAGCGACAGAAACAAAACGCACAAGAGAAACCUCAACCUGAAGAUACAAAAGUACUGUUACCUGCAGUGGAUGUCCGUGUCCACUACCAUUCCACCAUUGACUCUGAAAACGUCGGAGUCUCCGUUUCCCCGGGUUCUGUAGGCGGGAGUCCGCCCACGAUACAAGUUCAGCCAGAGACACCCACAGACAAUUCUUCUUUUAUCAGUUACGCUGAAUCGACUGAUCAAGAAGGUCGAAGCAUGGAUUCUUCAUUCAUUAGCUGUACCCAAAACAGGAAAAUCGUCAAGAGAGCUGGUCUGUAUGUAUGGGUGUUGUUCCAGUCACUACCUCAGGAGAUGGUAUUGAAACCACGUCUGUUAAGUUUUAUUGAACAAGCUCUGCAACCAAUCAGCGUCCCAGGUGGAGACGAAGUGGUCGACGGAGGGGGAGGCAUAGCCUCAGGUGAGGACAGCGACACAGAGGUAGAGAUGGGAGGUUCUGUGGUGUCAUCGUCCAUGUCCGAAUAUUCUUCCUUUCCUGUAGAUGUGGUGGUCGUGAUUCGUGUACAGCCAUCUGAUAUUCGCUUCAGCUGUCUCCCUAUUUCACGUGUGGAGUGUAUGCUGCGACUUCCUGCACUAGAUGUCGUUUUUUCUUCCAACUCCAGUCCUAACAAGUCUCUAGUACAAACACCGUCUUCGCGACUCCUUAGCCGUGAUCAAUCGCGUCUUAGGACAGACCAGAUGGAAAACAGCCUGCCUCCAUCCUCGUUGACUUUUGACAGCGGUGGUAUCAGCUUCACCGUAUGCCUCUCCCGCUUUUCAUUCUGCAUCUUCCAUCCAUACGGGAAGCAGCACACAGGUCUGGGUCGCUCUCCGAGUGGUGGCUCCCCGGAGGCGGAAGACAACCUCGAAGAAAAUCGCCCGCGGUUCCGUUUUGCACCGUCUCAACCCUUAUCUGGUAAGAAGGACUCGCUGAGUUUGAAUGUGGAAUUCGUCAAGUUUAAUUUGUCACGCAGAAGGGUUGGGUCUACUGGUGGCUCGACGGAAGAUAAGAGUAGGACGCCAUCACCUGAUCUUCUGGCUGGGACGGGGACUGGAUCCUCAACUGUUGUCAAGGUUUCUGGUGAGUAAAACAUCACAAAUAACCUUAAAACAAAAUUGCUUCCUUACCCUUUUACAUUAAUAUGCAUUUUCUCUAUAUUGUUCUCUAUACAUUUCCAAAAGUGCCGACAAGGAGAAUUUGUUUACCAAUCAAGAGCUUCUUCAGCUGAUGAUCAUUUCCUUUAUUCUUGUGACCUUAAUGUGUGAUUCAGAGGUGAUAUUUUUUAGGAGAAAUUAGAUGCCUGUCACUCUAAGGGGCCAAAGGGUUUAAAGCGAGGGCUUUUUAUUACUGCAGCUCAGAGACAUACCUUUGAAUUAAUUUCUCGUAAGGUAUCUGCGACAUUGGCUCAGCAACCUUCAACUACGACAUGCGCCGUUUGAACGAGAUUCUGGACUUUCCAAAAGCUUGGUACAAGGGUGGACUUGUCCAGCGGUUAUUCUUAGGAAAGGAGGGAUCUUACGCCACGAAGACGUCAGCGAUGACAUCUGAAAUGAGCCCUGAUGCAGUUCCAAUGAAUAAAUCCUCCGACGAGGACAGGAGAAGGUAUUUCACAAGGAGUAACGAGAAAAACGUUAUUGAAAGGAUCAUUUCGUUCUUAAAUUAUUGGUAAUUGGGUGGGAGAGUGCGUCUAUAAUUGAAGGACAUUCCCAGUAAUGUUAUCCAGAAAGCCCUCCAAGCACAACAUUCGGUUUUGAAUAAUGGAUUUUGAGUAAUGCUUCGACCUUAAGCAUUUUUAUAACGCUUCAGUGAAAACCUUUAAAAAAAUAUCUCCUUUUUGUUAAUGAUUAGAGAUCUGUAUCUAAAACUUUUCUUAGAAAACUUUUGUCGUACUUCGUGAAUGUGGUUUUCCUGAUACAAUGUAUUUUUUGUUGUUGUUUUGUAGAUCUUUGUCCCUCAACGAGAGAGAGACCUCUGCAGCCACUGCAACGCCGGCUAAGCUUCGAAAACAUUCCCUAUUUCGUUCCAUGUCUGAGUCUCACGAGGAGCCGCCACCUGUCACUCCGGUAAAAUCGCCCGUAAACAAACAAAGGCCAGGUCAGUCUAGGACUACUUUUACCACUCAUAAAGAAGGAUGUUUUUUGUUACGUCACGAGCGCUAAUCCAAGAAAAAAAUUCACACCCUCCAAACUUUCGAGUUCCGACAGUCUUGUUCGCUACUACGACCUCAACCGAUCACCUCAUUUCUGCUGUUGGCGUAAUCUGCCUCUAUUAAUUAUCUCUUCAUGAUUCUUUACUUCUAACUUGUAAUCCUCGAAUACUGGUCUCUUGAUACUCCACUUCUGGCCAAUUCGGCGUAUUCGUCUUCCACUAAAGACCACUUCAUCCUCCUAUCCUCCUCUGCUAACCAACUUAUUUGCAACGUCUGACCAGUUUGUUUUCCUUAACGGACCUCCUUAUCCAGGGCGUGAAAUUGCGCCUAAUACAGGCGCCAAUGCGACUAAAUUUUUCACUUUGGCGACCAAAUCCUGAAAGUUAGUCGCCAAAUUGGCGACUAGAACGUUUCAUCAUAACCUUACCAAGAGAUAUAGUGAAUUAAAAAGAUUUCCAAAGAUAAAUCCGCGGCAAACUUCCUCGUUAAUUUUGGUUCCAAAACGUAGGACAUGCAUCUCGAUCGAUAACUAGACGCCAUCUUGGAUUUAGAUGAGCCUGAAUGUUGUUUAUCAUCCAUCCUAGUGUCCACUUUGUAGCACGUUAAAGAUCUUUUCCCUAACUUAAUUUUGGAGGGUCUAUCUAGAACGCUGACAGCGUAAAGAAAGAUUUUGUUUGUCUUUGAAAAUGACGACCAACUUUUUUUGAAUUGGCUACCACUUUGAAGAAUUAAGGAGCCAAGUGGCUAUCAGAAAAAAAAGUUAAUUUCACGCCCUGUUAUCCACCAUAACUUAACUCAUGUUCCACCAAUGCUGACUAUAGCAGACCUCACCAACCCACUGUUGACCAUUAUUACUAUGGACAAAGUCACUGCUUUCACUAAAUCCUUUAACCUUUUGUUGUUGCUUUUGUUUAUUUAAUUUUUUUACAGGUCAACGGAAAAUGGCGUCGUCUGGCAGUUCUUUCUUCGGUUUACUUCCUAGUUCUCCUGGUCUCUUGCGGUCAAUGACAAUUAGCGGAAAUAGGAACGGAUUACUGAGCCCCUCUGUAACCUCGCCUCCAAACAGAAAACGGCCUUCAACCUUAGGUGGGAAACGAUGAACUAAUAAAAUUCUUCGCGAGUGUAAUUUUUCUGGUUUGUAAAUUAUCCAAAUUGCACAAUCUAAUCAGUAUCUAUCACACACCUUGUUUCAGCUGGGAUGAAAACCAACCCGCCUGAACGCCGUGGACUGAAAGUCAUUGAAAGUUCAUCGGAAUCUGAAGUUGAUGGUCCUCUGAGCCAUUCAUCUUCGUCCAGCCUCGCAGGGACUCGGUCCAAAUGGGAGACAGUGGUUGUCGUGGCUGUUAAUCUUUCUAGGUUGGACAUGUCAACAAAUAUGGGCAGCGUGAUGGGACAAACACUGUAAGAACAUGUUAACUUUCCCACUUCUCUUCGCGUCUUUCCUUUUCACCCGGUGAUGCAAAAAAAAAAAAAAAAACCUAAUCGUAGUGUAAACGAUCAAAAGUGGACCAACUCUAAGGGUCACAUACAGAUGGAAACACUCGGUGCCCUCGCAGGGAGAGAGCAAACGGCAGUUAAACGUCUUUAGUUUUGAGAGCCUCUUGUAUUCCUUGGUUCAAAACUAUUUACUUGCAGAAGUAAUUCGAAACUUUUGAAACAAAGCCUGAACAUUUCUUUCAAUCAGCUUGAUGCAAUGUUGAUUUCGGUCGUGAGCAGCUGAAAAACAUAUUCAGUGGUUGGUAAAAGUAGUUGGCAUGCGUCUCUCAGUGGGGGGUCCACAACCCUCCACUCAACAUAAUAAACAUAUCUAGUUUCUUAGAAGUCACCCCUCUUCUCCUAAACAAUGUUGCCAGGUGGUUACACCAAAACUAGCACCAGGUAAUGUUGAAAUGGGAGAGAGAGAGAGAGAGAGAGAGAGAGGUAAAGGAGAGAUAAAAAAAAAAAAGAAUCCAAAAGUAUUAGGGUGUGCUAAGAGUUGUACCACUCAUUGUAACCCUAUGAAUUUCUCCUUUCCUUUCAUUUUAUUAUUUUUCUAAGAUGGAGUACAAGUGACCUUCGUUCUCAGUGUCACAUCACUCUCACAAAUAUGGGUCGCCGUGAGCUGAAGGGAUCUGUGAGUGUUCGCCAGGCGGUGUAUGAGGCACGAAGUGGUAUUGUCGGCGGACAUGUUGAAAUACAAGAGCUCAAAAUGCGAGGUAGGAAAAACACACAAUCGACUCGGUUAUAGAGGGCGCGCAAAGAGGCCUUACUGCCCUUGCUUUUUUAAUGAACACUCUGCUGUUGACACGCAUGUCGACGACGUUGGUAAUUACAGGUUACGUGCUUUAACAAGAAUAGCAGUCAGGUUUGCCAUUUGGAGAAGUCUUCAAUUGCGUGUCAAUAGACCAAAACCAAAGUAACGCCAUCGACCAGUCGAUAAAGGUUUCAAAACAAGGAAAACACAAGUAAUAGUAAUCCCUGAUUUACAAGAAAACAUGCGAUGCCUUGUUUAUGUUAUAAGGGGAAACCUAAGAAGGUGAAAAUGGCACACUUUUGUGCUAUUUCGUUGGAAGCUAUCUCAGUGUUAAGUUGGCGUCAAUUAACUGUAAAACGCACGAAUCAGCUGGGUGAAAUUUUAUUUUUGUAAAACACAUCAAAGUAAUGAAACCAGCCGUGUUGAAAAAAGAAUUAGCCAUCGAUGAAAUUGCAGUACUUCAGACAAAGUUUAGAUUUCAAGUAAUUUUGCACGGGAAAUUACCAAAAUAAAUGAAAGACACUCCCUGACUCCGCCAAUCUGGAUUUAGUGAUCAUGUCCUCUAUGUUAUAAAGGAGAAUAAAGCUCCACCAUUUAUCCAAUCAGAGCGCCUGUUAUAUCGGUUUAAAACUUCAGAGUUAUCUUAAAAUUUCAUAGAGUGCUGGCAGAUUAAUUAUCUUUUUUUGUAUUUAGCCCAAGUCAACGAAGAGCGAGGCUGUAACCCGCAGCAUUUUAUUCACUUGGGUCUACGGUACGCUGAGGCUCGUAUUGACUACAUGGGAACAUGUAUAUUUAUGGGAAACCUCUCCGCGUUCAAGACUGACCUGCGUGAUGAAUGGACGCUACAGGAGACAAAGAGCCCUUCCACCGGUGAGUAGGUUGUUACUUGUGAAAGAAAACCCCUCACAGGGAGUAGCAGCCAAUCAAACAAGCCUCAGAGAGCUACGUUCACAAACUAGUUUCUGUGGAUCAGCCUAGUUGAAUGGCUUAAAGAAUUGGAGCUGAGUUUUCUUCGUGUUGUUAUGUUCACGUGGAACGAAGAACUGACCGAAUGAUACUGGGUAUCCCUUCCCCCCCAAAAAAAAAAAUUGAAUCAACAAGUUAAGGGUGGGAAUCGUUUCUCUUAAAAUCCAAUAGCAUGGUGUGGUUGGCUGAGUGAGAGUAUUCCUUAAUAGCAUUGUUCACAAUUUUUUUGUGAAAGAAAUUUUCUUUGACCUGCGGAUGACAAUUAAGAAGAGAGAUGGUCCUCGUAGAUUGACUUCAAUUUCGGCAGUUACAGGAAAAAAACCUGAAAAAUUCAGGCUUCGACGGAAUUCGAACCCGUGCCAUCCAGAUAUUGGUUGUUGAUGUUUAGAGAAAGAAGUUCCUAUGAAGGUAGUUUUCUCUCGCAAGUGAAGACAAGGAAACAACUUUCAGUUAUGUUAUGAUGAAAUGUAAGUUUUCCUUGUUUUCCAGACUCUCUAUUCGAACAGGAACGUGAACCAGUGAACGCCAAAAUCUACAUGCACGGGGACUUGGCGUGGAAUGAUUUCAAGAUAAUGAUUUGUCGUUCCACUACACCCGACAUAGUCAAGAUGGUCGCCAAGAUUCAGGAAUUCGUUGCCCAGCAACACCGAAACAGCAUCCGUGCAUUGUCCUCUCUUCGUCCUCACAUACCUCUCAUCACGGGGGAUGUGAUGUCGUCACUGUCUACGCCAGUCUCCACGGGAUCUCAAGUCAAAGAAGAAAAUAAAGAUGGUUGGUAGUGUUUUUUGUGUUACGAAGCCCCUGUUGUAGCGAAAUAGUUAUAUUUAGUUCCGCAGUGAAAAUACCUAUUUUUUUUUUCUCAGUUAGUUAUUAGAAUGUAUGAGGAGUAGGAAAGACUCGUAUCAGUGUCAUGUCAUCCUUUCUAAAGAGACGAUCGGAAUUUCCGUUUAGGAGACACAAAGUGUUCCUAACUACUUUAUAGGCUAUGAAGUAUACUUGAAAAUAGUGAGAAGAGACUCCAAGGAGUCUUGCAUUUGUGUUGUUAUAUGGGCUCUGCUUCUCCUGUUGAUGUUUACUUCACCUUUGACUUUGUGAUCUGUACUCACCGCGAGUAUUAAAGAAAAUUGAUUUCAUGAAAGGAAGACUGACGCAUAUCUCGUAUUGACAGGUCUGAAAUAUCAACAUUGGGGAAAAGUGCUGAACGCGGUCAGAGGCCUUAAACUGAGCAUGCUCAGUAGUCCCCUACCAGAGAGAGGUGUGUUGCUUGGAGGGAGCUUGACUUUACAUGGCAAGGGUGUCUCUCUGGCAUGUUUUCACGGGGUGAACUUUCGCUCCCAGUCUUGGGUAUUGUUCACGCUUCAGAGACCAUAUAUGACGUUUACAAGCAAGGUGUGCACAAUAGAGAAAAGCUGUCAAGUUAGGCGCGUGAAAGCCGUGCAGGAUCUGUCACUCAAAUUGGGGCAUGGUGCAGAAGACUCUCUUAGUGGAAAACUCUCACCCUCUUCAGGUAAGGACGGAGUUAUUUGGGGUGAAAAAGUGAACUUUUCAAGAACUGAGUCAAGUCUAUAUCACAAGGAAAUCUUUAAAAACUUGCUUCUGUGGAAGGGGUUGAACCACUCCGCGAAAGUUUUCUUUUAGUUAAUGUUACCCAUCAUUGUCAAGCCGUAAAAGGUUUAGUAGCGACAAAUUAGUAGUGAAUCACUUUUUUUUCACAGCGCACGUGGGAAUCGUCCAAAAAGUUGCUCGUGGUAGGAGGAACCCCCCAUCUAUGGGAAGCACUGUCCAGGAUUGGCUCAACUAUGUUUGUGCAACCGGAGGGGACAUAAGCCCGUCUGAUAACACCGCCCCCAGCAGUUUUGAUAAGCCUCGAGAACGCUCAGAGUCCAUGACAGCAUCUGGUAAAGUUGCCUCAAAAGAACGACGAGCAAGUAUCGGUUUCCGAUACGAACACGAGACGGAGGCGAUAUUCGCUAUUCCAAAGUUUGAGAUGGAAUUUAGAUCUGAACACGACAUGCCGAUGACGUCGAUCGCCUCCAAGUGGGUCCGUAAACAAAAAUGGUGAGAAAUGAGAGGGAACAAUUAAUUUUUCGUCCUUCAAAAUUUGUUUUUGAAUCUUAAGCGUUUCACUCACCAUGAAGAUACUGGAUCAGUGUUUGUAUCUAAGCAAUUGUGCGCCUACCCCUCCCCUAGCCCAACAACAGAUAACAAGUCAGGGUUAAUGUGGGGUUAAGGGAGGGGUAGGUGGACAGUUGCUCAGAUACUGACAUUUCUCUUAGUUACUUCGGCUGUGUGUCGUUAAUCUUCCGUUUAAAUUUAACCAAUGUUGGUGUUGCUUUACUAGCGCACCGGUGGUCAUGCCCAUGGCUGUGACACCAGCCAGUCCGCACGUGGUGGAGACAAGCCUUACAUCAACCUUUGAUGAUGGGCUUUGCGUAACAAUAGAUGUAGGUCUUUUGUUCUUCUUACAUGACGUGGUACAGACGUAUAUUAAAGAAAACGAGACCACGACUUCAGGUGCGUAAAAAAAGUGUGUAAGAUUUACUGAACUCAUGUGGAAAGGUGCAUAUAUCAAAGUUGUGCAAAAUUGAGGGCAAGCAGUAACUCGUAAAAGUUGUUCCUGGAGGCUUUCAAAAGCAGUCAACUGAUAACAAGUAAGGUCAAUGUUGGGUUGAGGGGGUGAGAAAGUGCGAUAUUUCUCGGAAAAUGACAUUGAUCUGAACCAUCUUAUCCAGCACGAUAAACAGGGCAACAUGAAAACGCUUCCCGGAACCUUUAAUGUUAAUGGUUACCCACUAGUCUCUUGUAAAAAUUGCAUUAUGCACCUUGCAUGGCAUUUUAAAUGGUACUUCGUAACAUAUCUGCUCGGUGGUCCUAAGAUGAUUAGUUACACAAAAGAUUUGAAAUCACAGCCUUAAUCCAAGUGGAUGAUUGAUGGGCGGCUGCUAUUGAACGACACGAAGACUGAGUUCCUUGCUAUCGGAACUCGUCCGAAUUUAAGCAAACCUCGCUCUUUUAGCAUAGAAGUUGGCAACCAGAAGAUUGAUCGUUCUUCCAGUGUCAGGAACCUCGGCGUUAUGUUAGACGAAUCUCUCGAGAUGAACAGCCAUAUUAACCAAAUAUGCAAGACCUCCUUCUACCACAUUCAUAACAUUAGGCGUAUAUCGAAAUACUGAUCUAAGGAAUGCAGACAAUCAUUAGUCCAUGCUUACGUAACUUCAAGGCUGGAUUAUUGCAAUAGUAUAUUAUAUGGGUUACCCAAGUACCAACUAUCGAAAUUACAACGCGUACAGAAUAUGGCAGCCAGGCUUAUAACGGACACAAUGAAAUUCGAUCAUAUUAAACCGGUACUUUACAACCUUCAUUGGCUGCCAGUAAAUUAUCGUAUUCAAUUUAAGAUCUUGAUGAUUACUUUUAAGGCGAUUCAUGACAUGGCUCCUAGUUAUUUAAGUAAUCUGAUCUGUAUCAGAUCAUCGUCUAGGUAUUCAUUACGCAAUAAUGAUACAAUAUUUUUAGAACGCCCAAAAGGGGUUAUGCGCACAACUUUAGGUGCCCGCUCGUUUCAUGCCUAUGCGCCUGCGCUGUGGAACAGCUUGCCUGCGCACAUCCGCACGAUUGAUUCGCUAGCGCUAUUUAAGGAAUCUCUUAAGACCUAUCUUUUUAAGCAAGCGUUUUAGAUUCGCAUUACAAUCUUAUCGGUAUUUUGUAUCUUAUUUAUUUACUUUUUAUUCAUUCAUUCUUUCAUUAUGUAUUCAUUUACUAUCAUUAUUUUAUUUUUUGUAUUGUUAUUGUAAUUAUCUAUUGUAAAUAGCAUUUUUAUUGUAAUUAUCCAUUGUAAUAUUAGUUUUCUUGGAUUGAAAAGCGCCUUUGAUCAUCCCAUAAAUGUUAAAGGGCGCUAUAUAAGUAAAUAAAUUAUUAUUAUUAUUAUUAUUAUUAUUAUUAAUAAAUUAUUAUCCACCUUUUCUUACAGAAUGUCGUUGACGUUUGUUCUUCUCUUCCACCAGGUUCAAUUCCCCGCGGGAUGUCACCUCCCUCGCGCGUGCGCAGAGAGCGCAUGGCUGAAAAAGAAGACCGAGAGAAAGCUCCCAAAUCGGAAGCCAAACGAAUUCGUCAGUUCCGGAGCAAGUACUGGAAGCUAGAACCUCGUGUUCGCUUCUUAUCCUGGGCAGGAAAGAACAUGGAUCCCGUCAACAUUGACUGGGUUUUACAGAAGCUUGGUUUCUCGCAUGCGCAGUUGACCAUCCCAAAGUGGGCGCAGCGGGGGGCCAUGGAUCCAAUGGACGCGUUUUUGUCGCUGCUGGCUGAUAGACUUUUUGCAGGAAUGCAGGAGAGUUCGUCAUACCUUGGUGACGAAGAGUAG